AAAAAUCAGCUGAUACUUCCACAUUGGGAUGAGUUUUAUUUUUUACUUUUAAUAUACUUUAAGCUGGAAUUCCUGCGCCAUAAAUAUGCAGUAAAGUAAUAUACCAGCUCAGCUUUGGGGGGCUGGCACCCUUGAGCAGCUGCUCAAUUGGUAAAGCUGGUAAUCAAGUAAACAUUGGUAAGGGAUUUAGGGAAAAACACAAUGUUAAAUUAAGAGCAGAUAACUUAAUUUCUUUCGACUUUGUAAUGGUGUGUUUUUAAUGCAAACCUUUUGCACUUAACAUUCUUACCUUGGCUGUUGAGCUGGUCAUUGGAUUCAGUGGGACUGUGCACAAGAAGCUAGACUGACCUAUGGAAAGGAGAAAGAAUCAACAGUCCAAACUCUUUAAAGUUCAUGUCUUCUCAUGAAGCAAUGUCUUAGGGUGAUAAAUUAGUAAAGUUUUCAUGACAAUAUUACAAAAGGUUUGUUUUUUAAAAGGGGGAAACUUUACCUUGUAACAAUGGAAACAGGUCAACCACAGCUUGGCCCAGCACCUCUGUCUUCACUUUACUUUUCUUGUCCUCGGGUAGGAUCUUUGUCACAGUCACUGAUUGCACAAAACCAUUCAUAUCAGUGCAUUAAAAGAUAUUAGCUACAAAUUCAAAAACAUGAUGCUGAACAGUCUAUUGCAUCAGAUAACAGAGGAAAAAUAAUAUUUUAACUUGGCUUACAAAUGAUUGGUUUCUGGGCAAUGUUACUGAGUGCCUGAGCAUCACUGGGGCAGUAAAAACUGCAGGUGAAGUUGUAAUCAACACACUCCUCCACAGGAUUGAACUGCUUCUGGUCUGACUGCCCCAGCACAUUUCCAUCUACUUCAGCCUGGAGAAAACUCUGGAAGAUGUCCUCCUUUUCUCCUUGCUGAAAAUACAAAAAAAUAAAAAUAAAAAAGUCAGUGAAUAAGGUUGAUACAGAAUAAGAAGGAUUUGAUGGUCACCAUCAUCUACAUGGUAUCUGCGAGCCUGGCACUGGACCAUUUCUUUUAUUUAUUCUAGACAGCUAAAUUGGGAAAAAAAUGAAGUUCAUUUUCACUGAUAUCAGGCACUUGGCAUGAUAUCUGCUCAUUUUUUCUCGUCUAACCAUAACACCUAUGUAGGAUGAGAGAUAAUAAUAGAGGAGUAAAGAUGGCAAUUCACCAAAUUCAUGCAAAAGAAUGUGCCAAUGUCUCUCCAGUGUGACAUCAGUCUGCAUGUGGGAGUCUAUUUUUCUUCACUGUAAGAUCUUUUGUGUGAAUGUGGACAACUUUUUGCCUCCUCUGUCUCAGUCAGAGGUCAAAAGUCUGCAGUCUGCAAUCAAACCUCACAAGAACACAGCUCUGGCUGCUGGUCUUCACAGAGUUAUUGUGCCUUUCAUGGUUUAAGUGCAGCAUGUAUAGUUCAAUUUGAGCUUUUUGCCCACCUUUAUUACUUCCACUGUUAUUUUCUUGCCUACCACAGUGACAUGCACUUAUUUUUCCCACCUUGUCACCUGCAAGCCAGCUGUUUUCCCUGUGUACACUGAAAAAAUUAACUGAUUAGAUUUACUGCUGAUCAAUGCUGCAAUAUCAAGUAACACUUACUUGCCAGUAUCAAGUAAAUUUUACUUUCCAUAAAACAGAACAGUUGUGAAGAUAUUUAGUAACAUUUACUUAAUUACAUCCAAGUUUUAAGUUAUAUUUAUUUUAACAAAUUAAGUAAAGUCUACUUGAGGUUCAUAGGCAGGAACCUCGCAUGUGUUGUAUGUUCAUAAUUCCACUGUAGCCUACUCACGGUAGAUGACUACAAAAGAGUUUACCGGACUAUUUCCACGGCUGACGGUUAUUUUUAUCUCCAUGUCUGUUCCUCCUCGACUCUCAAGCGUCUCCAUCGUGUAAAUCACUUAACCUUGGCAAAAAUCAAGAAAUGUGCACAGACUCUGUCUUAGUUUCGGCCGUUGAUACUUGUUCGUGAGCCGUGCGAGCUGUUUCCAUGGAAACGUGUUAAACAUAGGGAGGCGUUCACGUACAGUCUGUAAAAACUAUAACUCUCUCUCUAUAUUUUUUUAUUUGUCCUAGUCUAGCAGACCCGCAGUUAUUUAAAAGAUUACAAAAAUAAUGUAAUCUUUUAUCUCGACUUCAGAAUUUCUCCUUGCAGCCUGUUAUUGCCUUCAUGCCUUUAACUAUCUUUUGUGCACUGUAGUACAACCAGAGGGGCAGCAGGGGUCACUAUUUUCACAAGAAAUAUUGCUAAACUUGGAUCAGUAUUUGCUGUGUAGUUGUACUGUAAACUUAAGCAUCACGUGCAUUUUGGACGACCACCUCUUAGGGGUUUGAAUAAAUGAAGCAUCUACAAUUACCAAGGAAAUAGGUUAAUAGGAAACCCAAACAAUACGAGAACCCUACAACAUAAAAGGAGACCAUGAGGACCAAAAUAAAAACAUAAAAUAGGUAAGAAGAAGACAUGUAAUAAAAAAGGGUGUUGAAAGCAGAAAACAGGAUAUUAAAUAUAAAAAGACAGUAUUCAUAAUAAUUAUAAAAUCAUAAUUAAAUAAUAUUGAUGGUAAUAUUAAUGAUAAAAUGGAACAACAUAAAUGAGAAGAACAAAUAAAAAUAAAUAAAUAAAUUAAUUGAUUAAAUUAAAUAAAUAAAAGGCCUUAAAGGUUAAAUAAGAAAAUAUUAUAAGUAAAACAGAGACUAAAGGGACAAUAAGUCUAAAAAGAAGCCCGGUCAGAGCAGCUGACCUCCGUAUCACAGGGGGGCGCUCUAAGUAAAACUCCCACCUCUUUAGUGUUAUCGUCAACUUGCGCUGCUCUAAACGGCUCGGCUAACUUCUUCCGGGAGUUAUACUAUCAAUGAUUUUGUCAGUUUAGUGGGAUUGAAACACUUCUCUGGUGUUUGUAUUUUACUGUCGUCAAAAAUGUCGUACAACUACGUGGUAACCGCCCAGAAGCCAACGGCAGUGAACGCCUGUAUCACAGGUAAAUACUUGCUGUUUGUUUGUGCAGAGAUGAGGCUUCAGCUCCUGCGUGCUCGCUCAGCUCCCGCGCUGCGAGUGUAAAGCUCCAGACAGGCCUGUGGCUAGCCUAGCUGAUGUUGUGCUAAAUCAAGUGUUUACAUCCAGGAAUAGGCAUACGUGUUUCCAUGCAAUUAAUGCAAAUAAGCCUCUAAUCGUUAGAAAUCUGUGUUAAAGCACCCUGUUGUCGCUGUUUCGUGUUCAGUCGGUCGCUGGUGUUUGUGCAGAGUUUGGUUACCCAACAUGAAAACUGAGAUCGUCUGUUAUGAGCCAGAGCUGUUUAAAACGGCUACAGUCAUGGCUUAGAAGGUUUCAUUUUGGCAUCUGUUUUUUUCUGCAAACAGCUCUCCGUUAACUGUUUAUAAAAUUGUGUGAUCUCAUGCAUAUGGGCCACAACACACUGAAAAUAGAGAAAUGCUGAGAGGCUGGUGAGACGAGAUUUAUACUGACAUGUAAUGAAGCAACAUUUUCAAACUCUUCUGGCCAAUACAGAAAUUAUACAUCUUAAUUUUUAGGUGUUGUUUUUGCCUUUAUAAACCAGUGUCCUUUUGACAUGUUCUCAGACUCUGGUUUCACCCACUUUAGCCAUAUUAUCACAAUCUCUGCAACAGCACUUUAUCCACUCAUACCAUCACCAUAAUGACUGUUUUUUUUUUUUUUUUUGUUAAAUUUUCCUAGUAGGAUGAAUCACUGUUAUGGUUUUCUAACAAGAGUCCCUGAAGCCAUCUGCAGUUCAUUUAGAUUUCUGACCAUGUCUUAAGAAGUGCAGCACACUACUCUGGCAUUAAUAGGAGGACUCACACAUCCCCUAUUCUUAAAGCACUACAUUGGCUGCCUGUGUCCUCUAGGAUCAAUUUCAAAAUUCUGGUCCUAACAUUUAGAGCCUUGCAUGGUCAGGCUCCAUCUUAUAUGUGUGAUCUGAUCCAGCCUUACACCCCCUCUCGGGCUCUGAGGUCCGUGGAUCAGAAUCUGCCGAUGUUUCCGUGCACUCGUUUUUGGACCAGAGGAGACCGAUCCUUCCAGGCUGUUGCCCCCAGGCUUUGGAAUGAUCUUCCUCUCUCUCUGCGCUUAAUUGACUCUGUUGACUCCUUUAAAAGCCAACUCAAAACUUAUUUAUUUGCUCAGGCAUUUGUUUAAUUGUUUUUGGGGCUGCUCUGACUGUUUAAUGUUGUUGUCUUGGCCUUUUAAUUUGUAUGUACGUUUUUAUUUUUGUCUAUGUGAAGCACUUUGUGACUCUUUUGUCUGUGAAAAGUGCUAUACAAAUACAGUUUACUUACUUACUUAAUUACUUACUUAUAAUAUUUGCACCAGCUACUAGUCAACUACGUGAUAAAACAAAGUAUUUUAACCAAGUUACAAGUCAUUUGCUGUUCUAGUAACAGUUUAUUAUUAUUCAGACAUUUUUAAAAUACUUAAGCCAAACCGGAACCUCAGGACCUCUGCCUCAGAUCUGCUAAUAAAAGCCCAACGUCCUGAAAAAACAUAGUGAGGCAGAUUUGUACCUUUAUGUCACCUGUUGACUGAUUGGUGCUGCUUAUACCAGUAGUUUAUGAGUCUGAUAACCAACAUUAGGAACUGAUAUGCAUUUACAGUACAAAUGACAAACUUUCUGUCAUAAUUUAGAUUAUUACAAUCUCCAAUACAAGAUGUUGUUUUACUACAUUUAACAAAUGAUAGGAUUGAAGUGAAACUUGUAACUGCACAUAUAGGGAAUCCCCAAAUUUGAAGUACCGCAGGUUUGAAGUACUUUGCUAUUAAUCAUGUGGUGUAGACCCAAUCAGAUCAUGUUGAGGGUUGGAUAGUGGAUGAGACAAAGUUAUAAAACUGAACAGUCUCAGAAGGAAAAUAACAGAAUUAUCAGGGAUCAGCAAAAUAAAAUGCAGACAAACAUAGUCCACUGGAAGGUGAUCUGCCUGAGGUGAUUUUUGUACAAUUCAUCAUCAUUGAAGAUGAGGUAGGUGAUGAUGGUGCACUUGAGUGUGACAUAUUGAAAUAUGUUGUCUGCGUCAGUUACACACAAAGGGGAACAAAAUAACAAGAACGCCUUUUGAAAAAGGUGACGGAUGCAUGUAAGUUGCAUUAGAUUGCACAGGUCUUUAUUAUGUUGUGGCAGGUGAAAGUACUAUGUUUGUACAUACACAUACAUGUAAUUUUAGCUCUCUCUCUUUUUGAACUUGUGCCUUUGUCAUCUACUUAAAUAUUUUAUUACUACUUCACCAUAUUUAAAAUCUGGUGUUUUCACAGGUCACUUCACCUCUGCAGAGGACCUCAAUCUGCUCAUAGCCAAAAACACACGAUUGGAGAUCUAUGUGGUCACAGCAGAGGGGCUGAGGCCUGUGAAGGAAGUGGGCAUGUAUGGAAAGAUUGCUGUCAUGGAGCUGUUCAGGCCAAAAGUAAGUGGGUGGAUGUGUGUGUGUGUUUGUAACAAUGAGUGGAGGUGUUUUAUGUAGCUUUUGCAUUUAUUCAUCGAGGAUCCAGAGUAAUUUUCUUCCAAGAUGGACAAAAUAAAGGGCUGGACUUUGAUCUGUUUUUCUUUUUUUCCUGGAAGCUCUGUGAUUUGAAAGUUUAUGUGUAGAGACAAAAAAUCUGAUUGAUACAAUUUGUCCGACUUGAUAUUAAAUCAAGGAAGCAGAGACAUCCUCUGCUCUGUAAAUUGAAUUCUGUUUUGGAUAGAAAAAAGAUACCCCAGUUGAAGAGUUCCUGUAGCUUAUUAUAGUCUGCCUAUUUAAGCUGGUGGACAAAGUCAGGGGCCUGUUUCUCAAUGGUAUUUUCGAAUGAUCUGUGCAGUUUAACCACUCUCAAUGGAGCCCCUAGCUAAUUCUGAUUCAAGUUUACCAGUUUAGAUGUAAAGCAAGCCUAAUAACCUAACCUUCAGGCAAGUUCAUUUCCAUCCAGGUUUCUAUGGUAACAACCAGUUAAACCUGUUGACCAGAUGAUAAAAUGAUUCAAAAUCUCAGUUGUUGUGGAGAGUCUUGUGAAAACGGUUAUCAGAAAUCUAAGAAACAAGGAUGGUGACUAGGCCUGUCACGAUAACAAAUUUUGCUGGACGAUAAUUGUGCUACAAAUUAUCGCCGAUAAACGAUAUUAUUGACACCAUUUUUUAAAUUAUAGAUAAUGAUAUUAUAUGGCAUAAUAAUGCGAGUACACCAUGUCAAAAGUGAUAAACUUUAAUUUCCACACGAGAACAACACUGGUUGUUUUCGUUGACUAAAAUAUUUCCCUUUUCUCCCACGACAAAGACGUAACGUUGACAAGCUAAACAUAAGUCGGAGAUGACUAAAAUGUGACGAGACGAAAGUGCGUUUACGUUGAUGGGACGAGACGAAAAUGACGAACAGAGUUGCAAAACUCAGUCAGUUAAACGCUAAACAUAUAGGAGCCGCUUCAGUCCACUCCGACAGCUCUCAUCAGCCUGCUGUGCUCCUCCAACACACAGACACACACGCACGCGCGCGCGCACACACACACACGUGGAGUUUUGUGGUUGACUAAAACGAAACUGGUUUAAAGCCGAAAUAUUCCCACACUUGGGCUGUUGCGUUCGGUUUAGACACCGAAGCUGUCGUGUUCAUUCUGUUAGAUUGCUUUUCACUCACGACGCUCACUUGCAGCACUGUAUCCAAAAAGUCUGUGUCUGUAUGCCUGUGCGCGCCUACGUGUACCUGUGCGCGCGCCCCCCCGUGACAAAGAAACUGAAUGACUGACAGGAGGGUUCACUAACUCCGUUCAUUCUGCUAUAGAGCCAACGCCCCCAAUGCGCAGAGUGAGACCUCUUCUCUCAUCCAGCGUGUUUGGUAGCGAGAGAGGAGGAAAACAAACGCACGUCAAUUAUCGAGGCUGGCAAAGUUAUCGACCUCGUUUUUAUUUAUCGAGCGAUAAGGCGAUUUAUUGAUUAUCGCGACAGGCCUAAUGGUGACAUUUGUUUAUGUUCCACCAAGGAGUUUUGAAUCUGCAAAGGACGACUGUGUGAUUUUGAAAGGUUUUAUUUUUCAUUUUUCAUUGUUGUCCGGUGUUUGAGCUUGUAAAGUAGAUGAUCAUUCUGAAAUAUUUCAAUCAAUUUCAAUUGUCUGUAUGUGUUACACAUUGCAGAAUUUACACCAAAACAUCCUUGAACCUUGAGGAAAUAUUUACAUGGUUAUUAUAAUUUCUAGUUUGUAAAAAAAAGUCAUAGCAUACAUAUUACCAGUUGUGAGUCAGUCCUUUUUUGUUUCCCAAACAGAAUUUCUUUUUUAAUUGAUGAAUUUAAAGGCUAAAUAGAAAAAUAUUGUCUCUUUCUCGAGCUGGUAAAGCUGCUAUCAGGACCCAUAUUUUGAAAACUAAAAAUAAAUGUGUUUGCCAUGUGGUGACUUUGGUGUCAUUUGUUCAGGGUGAGAGCAAAGACCUGCUGUUCAUUCUCACGUCCAAGUACAACGCCUGCAUCCUGGAGUACAAACAGAACGGAGAGAGCAUUGACAUCAUCACCCGUGCACACGGCAAUGUCCAGGUGGGUGAGAAGAACGUGUUUUGCAAAUUCACGCCACAGAUAAAUCUACCAGGAAUAAAAAUAAUUUGAAGUGGUUUUCUGUUUUUUUUUUACAGUUAGUAUUUUAAGUGUCUCUCAUUAAUUUUGUUGGACUCCUUAGGGCCUCAUUAAUCAAGCUUUGUAGAGACAGUCUUUAUACUUUCGGUCUCAUUGUGCAUUUUUCAGGUGUUUCUGUUAGAAAUUGCAAGAAAAUUUCAUAUGACUUUUUUAAUGUGAUUUCUUUUGUUAUUGUUAAACUUAUUUUAUAAAAACCAAAGCUGUGGAAACCUUAUGUCUCAUUUUAGAGUAAAAGAAAUCUGAUGAUGGUAAAUAAGUUGUAUUGUAUUCAACACUCUUUUGCAGGAUCGUAUCGGGCGUCCAUCAGAGACAGGCAUUAUCGGCAUCGUAGACCCAGAAUGCCGUAUGAUUGGCUUGCGGCUCUAUGACGGCCUGUUCAAAGUGAUCCCCCUGGACCGAGACAAUCGUGAGCUGAAGGCCUUCAACAUCAGACUAGAGGAGCUGCAGGUCAUUGACGUUCACUUCCUGUAUGGAUGUCAGGCCCCGACUGUCUGCUUCAUUUACCAGGUAUUGCAGUAGGAGUGGGAUCUGUGUGGGGAAUGGUGGAUUAUGCUUAUAAAUAUACAGAAAGUUCUUGUGUGUAUUGUAUGGUCUUUCAAGUACUGUAGAGAACACUUAAUUAUAGUGGGAUAUUUUAUUGUAGCACCUCAGCAGUUUCCCUGGAAACAGCAAUGUGUUAGACUUACACUUAGAUUUCAUUGUGAGGAUCCUUAAGCUCCAACAAACACACCCUGUAUGUUUUUCACAAGACCUUUGUCUAGUCAAUAUUAAAUUUGAUUACAUCUUGGAGUUUUGCUGCCAGCUAUUGAUCAGAGGAAUAGCUGGCGGUCAAACAAUGAACAAAAAUGAGUCAUCCUUAGACAAACAGCUCCAUAGCUUAAUGAGGCCUUAAACUCCACAGGGAACUUGUAAGUAAAAUACACUUCCAACUUAAUGCCAUAGUGACUUUCUGAAACCUUUUUAAAAACCAAACAUUUGUUGUGUGUGGCAGGACCCCCAGGGACGACAUGUGAAGACCUAUGAGGUUUCUCUGAGGGAGAAGGAGUUCAACAAGGGACCCUGGAAACAAGAGAAUGUGGAGGCCGAGGCAUCCAUGGUCAUCCCGGGUAAACAGAGCUCAGAUUGUAUAAAUUUAAAGUGUUGCAUUUAGUGAUAAGCAGAAAAUAAAGUUUAAAAACAUUUAUAUUUUCUAUAGUGUGUAUGAGAUUUUCCAAUUUCAGGGUAUUGACCUGAAUUUAAAAAAAGAGUCUUUAGAAUUAACAAGUUCUUCAAAAGGGUUUGUGAAGAUACUUUGACAAACAGUAACAUUGUAUGUGUUGAUAUUAUACUUGGUUGAUAUGUAGUGUUGUUUUUGUAGGUACAAAAAAGUUCUGUAAAGUUCUAUAAUUUAAGUUAUUUAAGAAAAAAAACUCAACCUCAGCAUGACAGUUAUCCAGUUCCCUCAAAGAACUCUAUUUUAUGGGUUUAUAGUACAGCUAAGCAGGGGUUAAUAAGUAAAGUAAUAAUUAGAUUAUAUAACAAUUGACUAGAUAAUAUCAUAAGUGAUAAAAAUGAGCUAUAGCCCAACUUGAAUAUAUUCAUGAUUCAAAAAAUCAUCUUUUCUGGGCCUGUAACAACACAAACGCAGCUCUGAUCCUUUUUCACUGUGUGCUUGUAUUUUAGUGCCUGAGCCAUUUGGUGGCGCUAUCAUCAUAGGACAAGAGUCCAUCACCUACCACAAUGGAGACAAAUACUUGGCCAUUGCACCACCAACUAUCAAGGUAAAAUAUUUAUUUGCGCUUUCUCAACCCUGAAGCUUUAGAUUUUUCAUCAUCUACACUCCAAAGGAAGGAUUCAGAGCCCAAUCACAGUGAAUUAUAUGCACAAUAUGCCCAACAACACACAGAAACAACUCUCAUUUUAUCUUGAUAUACUUUUUGUUGUGCGAUCAAUGAACAUUUUACAAUUGGAAAAUGAAACAGAAGAUAGCUCUGUGUCUCUGUUUGUUAGACUCAUCAUGACAGUCGUUUGGAUUUCACUGAUUAGACAGUUAAUGUUCAGAGGGGAGAGGAAGCCGAGAAAAAUGUUGCUCAAGUAGAAGGAGGUUCUGCUGGAAAUGAAUUCCCACACGCUGAACUCUCCCAGAAAUCAUAAUUAAAUCAAAAUGGUACCAGCAAAACUGUCAUUCGAAUCUGUUUCAAAUGAGCAUGUUCGUAUUCUUCUACAUUCACUGCACCCUGAGGUGUACACGUUGGAGUCAAUUUGUCCUGAACCCUGUGAUUAAUGUUGAAAUAGCAUCUAAAGGCGGGUUUAAAACAGCCGAGAUGAUGACUUUAGCUCCCCAUACACCAUUGCCUUUAGUGUUAUCUUAACAAGAUUAAGCUGUAGUCUGCACUGCUCUGCUCUUAUUUAACAAAGCUCAAGACCCAGAGGAGCUCCUCAACAGCAUUCUGCUACUAUAAUUAGAGAGUGUUUCCUCACUGUCCCGCUGCUUGUGGUACCAAGGCCUCACACACUCUAGAAAGAACAUUUGAAAUUGUUCCGAUUUCUUGGCUUGUGGCCCCGAGCCUAGAGCCAUUUUUUAUCUUCAUGAAUAAAAGUACAGUUAUUAGUUUUAUUAUUGUCUAUAGGAAUGUUGAGUUUGAGUUGAGUUUAUUUAUCUAAACCAGGGACAAUACAUAUUAAUGAACAUAUACAUGUAAAUAUGCAAGAUUAUAGCCAACGGCUAAUUUCCAUCUUUAGUCCCUUCAGCAGGUUGAUGUCAACAACAUAAGAUAAUAAAAUCAAUAAAACUACAGUAACAACAGGUAGAACAGUUAGCCUUCAUGGCCAGUAUGUGCAGGGGGAGUAAUUACAGAGAGGGAAAACGUGUCUUUGAAAACACAAUAGGACAGAAAAUGAAAAAUUAAAGCAACAAUGAAAAGUAUAGUGGGACCAUAAGUAUUUCACUAGCGUUAAAUGCUAAAAUUAGCUAUCAAAGGGCUGAUUAAAGUGCAGAGUGCUGAAGUGCUAAAGCAUUAGGUGUGUAAUUAUAUUGCAGAUUGCCCGAUUGCACAGUAAAUGUAAAGUGCUAUUUUAAAUGCACAAUACUCAGAAUAUAAAGUGCAUGCCUUGCAUGUGGCCCUAAUGCCUAAAAAGUAAAUAAAGAUAUAAUAAAUAGUAAAAAUAUUAAUGGGGGAGAGGGAGUAGUAGUAAUAAUAGUAAAGCAGAGAUGUUCAUGUGUGUACUCUGUAGGAAUUGCGGAUGGUACCCCAACAAUUAGCUAGCAUUAAACAAAUAUACAUGUUCAGGCACGGUUGUGGCAACAGUGUUGUUCUUCUAAUAGCCAAGCUAUAAGAUGUUUGGUAAAAGAGGUCAGAGUCGGGAGUUCACAUAUUGUGUUUGGUAUUGAAUUCCAGAUGUGAGAAGCACGAACAGAAAAAGUGGCUUGACUAAAGGCACUCUUUCUAGGAACAAGUUUGGUUGAGUAAGGUUGAGUUCAGUAGGGAUGGACGAUCAUGAUUUAUCGUCAGAAAAAUCCUCCACCAUGAUUAUUUGCCAUCUCACAAUAAAUGCAGUAAAUGCAAGUAAAUGACAUAAGCACGAGCGAUGGACUGGCAGCCGUGACCCACAAAGAGCAGAAUAACAAACAUGGCCGAAGGUGGUGAAGGUUGCUCCACAUAACGGAUUCCCUUCAAGAUUGGGGCUUAGACGAGUGCAAUCAGGUAUGCCUGACAUCAGACAGUGGAUCUGCUGCUGCUGUUCACUCUGUGCGAUAAGAGUUUUCAAUAAAUGUUGAAAGUUUUUUCAUAUUUCAGACUUGUUUGGUGUCAUUAGUUUUCUUCAUAACCUAACCACACAAACUUGAGGAUGAGUAUCUUACUUGACUAUGCCAACUGGUGUUUCCAAGACAGAGUCAAAUACAUGGAUUGGAAUCAUAAUAUUUCUUUAUCUGGACUUUUAUCCUUAUUGCCAGAAUUGCAAAACUUAUGAUACAUUUUAUUGCCGAUACCACCCAUCCCUAAUGUUCAGUCAACUAAACUAUCAAACGUGGUUGGCACCAAAACCAUUUAUUUUCUCAACCUUGGCCAUAUGUUGGUCUAAGCUGCAGCAUAGCCACCGAAGCUUGGAUUGAUGGCCGCUGCCCAAACACCACACUGUUUAACUUUGAAGAUUCAAACAAGCACAGAUGACAGAUGGCGUCUUGCUGCACGGUGUGGUUUGGCAGUACUUUGAUCAAGAAAAUAAAGAUAAAGUUGUUUCUGGCUGUGUCUAGUCAGCUCAAUAAACCUAGACGUAGGUGGGAUGUUCUGGUGGUGCGAGCUCUGCCAUCUUUAGAUCCUAUAUCGUAGCAGACAUGCUAUAAAAGUUGUAAUAUGCAGUUCAGCUGGAGUAUAAGCAUCCUUUUGCUGAGUAUCCAUGAAACUUUAAGGAGUUUUCUCUUGCAGCAUCUGUUUGACUGUUCAUGACUCUUCUGUGACAUGUAAAAAUGUGACAUUAGUAUAGUUCAAAUAUAGUUCAAGUUAGGGUUUGUCUAGUGGAUGUUGUCUCAUCAUAAGCUGCUAAAUAUACCGGGAUCCCGCUCAUCAUUCUUUCUUUAAAAGCUCCAAACAGCCUUCAAGCACACUUUACACUUGUUUUGCAAGCUGUCACGUCUGUAACAGCUCUGUUUCUGCAGUGGCCUUGCCCAAGAUUGCCAAGCAGAUGUUUGAGGGGAGAUGUAGAGGGACAUCUGUUGCUGCUGUGAGACUAAUGAAGCUUAAUUCCAAAUGAAGAUGAAGUUUUUUAUCCUCGAUUUCUCUUCACACCUUAUGCUGAAUUAGAAUUCCGCUGAAACACUCUGCACUUCAUUCAGCAGUGUCAAAAAACAUAGAUGCAUAUCCGUAGAUUCGUGACAACAUUUUGACAGCUUAUUAAUAAAUUGUCACUGCAGAGUAAGGAGGGAAAAACUGAGACACAGAAGAUCCUGCCCGCAUCUAGGUCUCCUGAAAGUGUCUGAACUUGUGAGCCGUUUUUGGGACUGGUGUAAAAUGGGCCAGCGGACUGGUUUCACUUUUUCAGUCUAACAGUCUAAUUAGGCGCUUUUCAGAGAGGAAGCCUGCAGGCUCGUGGAAAACAAAAGUGGAUCCAUUGUUUGACGUAGAUGUAAGCAAUAUUACAGGCGGGCAGAUUGUGAAAAAACGUUUUGUAAAGGUUCAAUCAAGUGAGAAAUUGACUCUGUCUUCUACAAAAGACAAUAACAGUUUGGUCUUUUGAAGGAAAGCUCAGUCACGCUACGUGAUUUUAAUGCAGCUCCAAUCAUGACCACUAUUCUAGCCAGCUUAUCUUGGUUAAAGGGGGACAGGAAACUCUGGCUCUUUAGAAACUCCACUCUUAAACUCUUAAGAUGUUUUUAUUGGAAAAUUUGUCUAACUUGGUCUGGAUUGCUCAUGUGUUUUGAGUAGAGUAAGUCUGUUCUGGGCUGAAAGUCGAGUGUGGCUCUGAUGAUAGGGAACUUAUUCCAAGUAAUUUUCUGUUAUUGUUUGCUACUUCAACUUUUUUUUAACGGUCCAUUAUAAUUCUUCUUUGACUGAGUUUGCAGUAAGUUUCUGUCAAAAGAUUUUUAUUUCCCAAAAAAGUUUAUUUUCCACAUAAUUUCAGUCAAAAAGUCAAACUUCUUUUUAUUCUAGGCUGUCGCAUGCAAAGUGAAAUAUUUGAGGACUUUUGUAUUUUGAUUUUGAUGAUUACACCUCACACUUUAUAAGAAUCAAACGCCCACCAUCUCAGUGCAUUAAAAUGUCACAAAACAGCAAAUUCACAAAAAUGAUUCAUAGUACAAAAAUGUCGAUCAUGUUCAUUUGUGCUUUUAGUUUCUUUGUUAGUGCACUAAGAAUUGCUGCAUCAGUUUGACCUGACAUGAAGGUAGUCAGUGUACGUCUUUGCUGGGGUGUUAUUGAAGCCCAGGUUGCUUUCAUAGCUCUCCUAGCUGGUCCGUAUUUUGGGCUGUUGUGUCUCUUGUCUUUCUCUUGACGAUACCCCAGAGAAUCUUUAUGUGGUUUAGGUCAGGCCAGUUGGCUGGCCAAUCAAACGCAGUAACACCAUGAUCAGCAGACCAGUUUCUGGUAGUUUUGGCACUGUGGGUAGCUGCCAGGUCCUGCUGGAAAAGGAAAUUUGUAUCUCCAUAAAACUCAGCAGAUGGAAGCAUGAAGUGCUCUAAAACCUCCUGGUCCUGGUUUGAAGCUGCACCAGUGUGUUGAAUGGUCUUGUAACAUGCCCAUGUCUGAAAUUAUGUAGUAAAUUAGCAGGGCUCUAGAACGUCAGCCAGUUUGGUGUAUUAGCCCCUAUCAGGCUAAUACAAGUUCAAACAAGUUCAGCAAAAUAACAAUAAAUCUUGUUGUCUACUGUCUCUCUCAUAGAGUGUGAAUAUACGGACCCAGAGGGAGACACACUUAUGUUUUUUGAAGCAAGCACAAGAUACUUAUUCUCUAAUUAAAAAGAUAAGCUCUCGACGAAUAAAACCACCUCAUUAUGUCCUGUUAGCAAUAUUUAUUCUCUAAUGAUAACUCCCAUUGUCUACCACAUAGCCCCUAAUGUUCCCCACAGACAUGUAGAUAGAUGAGGAUAAAUGGGCUGUGAGAACCAGCACAUCACUGAGGUCAUCCAGAGGGCACCUCCCUUCAUCAGGGUUUUGUCAAGUUUCGCCCACAACGCCAUGGCGCCCUGUAAAGGAAAAGACAAAAGAGAAAGGAGUCUGAAGUGAGGUGUUAGAAAAAGAGCAGGGGAGGCAGAGCUGGACUGAGAAGUCUGGGCUCAAGCUCACACCUGCCAAAUCUACCAUGUCUGACAUCUCCUCUACCUCCUAUCGUGAGCUCUGCACUCCAGUUCUCACAAUAACAGGGUCGUUGCCCAUCCACUUCUGUGGGGUAAACCCUCACUUUCCAACAUGGCUGCUCAGCUUCUGCUGCCAAUUAUAAGUCGUCCUAGGGCACAAGAGUUCUGUGAAUUAAACUCGGAGCUGACUUGCAAGUCGUAAUAAGAUGCUAGGCUUCAAGUUAAUCUGAACUGCGUUAAUAUGGAACAAAAAGUUUGCCUCACAAGACUUCCUGCAUUUCCCAGUUAUUAGCACUGUGUAGGUGUCCUUUUUUGUGCCUUCUUGAAAAAUGAAAAGCUGUGUCAUUCUCAUAAUUUGUCCCUUUAGGUGGAGUGUCAUGGUAUGCAUUACAUUUUUUAGAUAUAGCCACAACAGUGCAUGUUGUUAUCAGUUAACGUAUCCAAAUUCAAAGGAUCCUUGUCAUAAUCGUUGAAAAAUCCAAAUCUAUGGCUUCAAAGGUCUGGCAUCGGGCUUUAACGGCGUGAGUUUUAAAAAGAGUCUUCAAUCUUUUCCAUGUUUGACUCAUUAGAUUUGUAAUUGACUUUCAAAUUGUAUGAGUCAUAAAAAUGAAAGCUUCUGGACAGCAUGGAGUUCUUCUCCUCAUCCAUGGGCCUUUGUGUUCCUCCUGUAGUGAGCAGGAUCCCGACAGUAUGACAGGCAGACUUGUUUAAUCACUUCUUUUCUUGUCAGGCAGAAUUUGAAGAGUCUGAAGCUGUAAGAGUCGGGAUUAAGCCGUACGCUGGGGAAUCUCCUCAGAGAGUGUUUUGAUAAUGAGAGCCUACAAAGCAAAUAUUAUGAAGACAGGUCUUGCUGGCUGUAAUUAGACAAAUAUAUUAAAGCCUUCCUUCCUAUCAGGAGCCUCCUGCACGAUUAGGGUUAGGCAUGUUUUAAUGAUAUGCUUUUGUUCUACUGUGUUGCAGCAAAGCACCAUCGUUUGUCACAACCGCGUGGACCCCAACGGCUCACGUUACCUGCUGGGCGACAUGGAGGGGCGUCUGUUUAUGCUGCUGUUGGAGAAGGAGGAGCCCAUGGACGGCACAGUGGUGCUCAAAGACCUGCAUGUGGAGCUGCUUGGAGAGGUCCUCUAUUUAUCUUCCUCUGUCUGUCUCUUUAUCUCUGUCUGUUGUCACCGUAUUUAUCCACCUGUCUUUCCUCUGGCGUCUGCUUCUCUGCGACUGGCUCGACCACCCUCUCUGCUGCUGGUUGAUUUUCCUCCAGCUGCUUGUCUCUGUCACCACUCCCUUUUGCUACAAUUGACUUUUAAUGGUUUAUGGUCCUGACAGGGGCUAAUGUAUCAGUCUAUACUUGUGUAGAGGAUGAGGAGAAAUGAUCCUACCUCUCCGUUGCAUACUUGCCAGUGAGCCACUUAUCCCUCUUAAGUUGAUUUAGACAAUCACUGCAUGUCAAUACUUUGCCGGGAGCUAAAUCUCAUGGUAAAGGCGCCCAGCUUUUGGCUUGUGCUACCUUUCUCUGAUGACUUGCCAAGGUAGAGCGCUUUCUUCUGAGCCUGCUGAGUGAUGCAGCAGCUUGAAACAAUCAAGGAGAGUAGGACUGCCGAGCUCGAGACAGAUUGCUUCUCAAAUCAGUCUUAACUUUAUUGUUUGGUGCAGUCUGCUCAGCCAACAGGCAGCAGUUCUACUUCAAAAUAUCGCAGUAAAAGCUGCCUGCACUGUGCAAACAGUGACAUUGGAGCGUAACGCCAUGCUCCCACUGACGAGGCUGAGUUAAAAACAUUCCUUUUUUUUUUUUCAUCAAUUACUAUAAAACUCUAAAAAAGAACGUUUUUCUGUCGGUUUUGUAGCUUCAUUUGUAUGCUGAUAACUGGACAGUUUUUCCCAGUGACCUUUCUGUUUAUGCUUUUAGAUAAUUGCAGAAAUUGGGUUGUAAAAAAUGUGUGAUUUCUAUUAUCAUAUUCUCUGCCAAUUACUUUUUUGGUAAAUGAUUGAGUGUAAAAAAGGUCAAAAAAAGAGAUUUCACCCUUUCAAAAAUCCAAAGCUUAAAGUUUUAACAGGAAUUACUUUUUUUGUUAAUAAUAAAAACAGAAAAGAACAAAUCAAUUAAACGUUCUUAAUGACUGUAAAAAGACAACUAUAACAUGUUUACAUUAUCCUAAAUGUAUAUCAGGUGAUUAGCACACACACUUGGUCAAAGUUGUCGCCACCAAACUCUACUUUUUCACUGAGAUUCUUGUUUUAGGAUUACGUUUGAUCAAAUUUGAUUACUUUAUCUGUUUUUGCCAACUCCAAUGUCCGUUAUCAAUUUGACGUAAAAUUUAUGAAAUUUGAAGAGAAAGUUAUAAACCUAAAAUAGCGUGCAUAUUGAUCUAUCUGAACUGGAGUCUUUGCAACUAGUCCUCUGAGUUGUAUGAGUUUUUGUUCCAGCUGAAUGAAGUGUUAAAAAGGAUAUUGGUUUGCUUAGAUGCUGACAAAGCUGUUAUGUUUAAUUAUAUUGAGCAAGUUUAUUGUGUGUCGACAUUGUUAAGGUUGAUGGAGAUUUGAUUAGAUCAGAAGGUAUUUUUUUAACCCUAAAUUGACAAUAAAUUAAAAUGGAAUUGGUUCACUGAAAGCUUUACUGAGGAAUUUUUUUUUACGUCAAUAAAAUAAUCAGAAAUUCAUAUUGUUGUUUUUUUAUGAUAUGCAAUAGCUAACGAGAACACCAGCGACCAGUUUGACCAUUUUUAAAGUGUGGUUUUUAAUGCCUGGAACUGCUGUGAGGGGUAGAUGUUAGCCUAACCCUAGCUUUGUUCUUACAUUUUCCACAUUAAAUAUUCACAAUGAAUUAUAAAUUUGACUUUCAAAAGUGGCAUGAUAAGAUUUUGAUGUCUCUACCCAACAUGACAGCAACCAAGUCCAGCAGUUCAUCCACACAUUUCAGCCAGCAUCAGUAUGUUGUCAAAAUUUAAGUUCUGUGUCAUUAGGCUAGGGAGGUAUUUGAUGAACUGCUGGGUCAACAUUUCCAUCCUUAGAGGUGAUCAUCUUUAAUUAAAAUAGAUGUUAAGCCAUCCCACAAAUGGUUCAGAGAUCAAGAUGUUUUUGUGUGUCUCUCUUUCUCACGGCAGACCUCUAUCGCUGAGUGUUUGACCUACCUGGAUAACGGUGUGGUCUUUGUGGGCUCAAGACUGGGAGACUCCCAGCUGGUGAAGGUAAGCAGCAAAAAACAGAUUUACACCCUCUUCAAUAAAUAACUGUUAUCUGUGGUUAUUUUUUACCUUGAACCCUUAGUGCAUUUAGGUCUUUCUUAUCUUGUCAGAGAAUAGGAAAUAGAGUGAUGGUGGAAAAUCUGCCCCUUAUUUAAGGAUGAGAAAAUUGCUCAUGGUCUUUAAUGUGCCUCAUGCUGCCUCUCUGUUUGUCAUGUCAUAUCAUCCUCCACCUUUGAUUUAUUAAGCUGGUUUUGUUUUUCUCCCUGUAGCUCAGUGUGGACAGCAAUGACCAAGGCUCAUAUGUGGCAGUGAUGGAGACGUUCACCAAUCUGGGGCCCAUCGUGGACAUGUGUGUUGUAGACCUGGAGAGACAAGGCCAGGGCCAGGUAAUACCCACACGCUUUUUUUUCUUCAAUUCUGUGAGACGUAAAUGAAAAACACGUUUUGUACCACAGUUACAUAUUAUAGGUCAAUCUUCCAGUUAGAAUAAAAGAGAUUUCGCAGUGGUUGCCAGAGGCUUCAGACAUGACAUGGUGAUUACCAAGAAGCCCUUGUAACAGUCAGCGGAUGCAUUGCCUCGCCUUUGGUGAGUCUCCGGCGCCUGUGUUUUCCUUUUUAUCUCCCACUUUGUCACAGCCUUCAGGGAAUCUGGGCUCGUACCACUGAUGUAGCCAGCUCUUCAGUCGUGUUAACAGUGGUUUUGUCAGCAGAAUUAAAGCUACAUCAUACCAAAGUACAAACCCGCCACUGGCCAGAAUAGCGGGGGUGCAGUGUAUUCAGGAGAUUCUUGCUGACAUGAAACACACAGCUUUGUAGCUUUUAUGUGCAGUCUGGAUCCUCCUUUUUUGGUCUUGUAUCCUCUCUUGUUGCCAGUAUUCCCUGUACAAUCCCUGUAACACAGGCCCUGAAUCCCAGUUACAUCAGCUGGUCUGUGAUCUGUAGCUGAAAGUGCAUCUCGGGUACACCAACCUCACUUGAAUUUCGCUCCUAAUAUUCACACAUCUUCUAAAAAUCAAAGUGCAAAGACUUUUUCUCGCUCACCCCGUUCGCACAUUUCCAGAUAAUCCAUCAUCUUUAGCACUGCUGUUUACUGAAGCUAUUUUCAUUCAGAAGUUGUCAGUUUGUGUUCUGAAAGUAAUUUGUUUGAAGGGAAAUAAAGACAGUAAAUGGAAUCCAUUUUUCUGUCUGUAACAAAAAUAUAUAAAUUUUUUUCACAAUUGUCAGUGGCUUCUGGCACUUCUGAUUUAUGCCCUUCAAUUAUCGAAUAGACAGCAUCAUUUAAGCUACAGCAGCUUUUACAGUUUUUUUGCAGUGAUUGAAAUAUUUCACACAAAAUACCUGUUUCAUAAAAAAAGGAGCAUUAAUCGUAGGAUUCUUAUAUAUUGAUAUAAAAAAGUUGAUUCUGUACAUUGUCAGUGAUGAAUUGUAUUUAAUUUACAGCCUGAGUUGGGAUGCUGUGUUAAAUAUUGAUCAAACCAGAAUUUGGUGGUCUGCAAAUCAUUGAAAGCUCAUAUUCAAAGAAAACAGCCCAGAGAGAGCACAUCAAAUUUUGAUCUGAAAAGAAUUGCUGUAGAAAAAAAACAUUCAGGCUUUUUAAAAAAAAUUGAUUCGAGCAACAAAUUGGAUAGGGACGACAAAACCCUGAAAAAGUUGAGUAAUGCUAAAAAUACAGUGCGGGAAUAUCUUUAAACUAAUUACAUUAACUCUCAACAUGUUUAUAGCAUGACUGAGUAUAAAAAAGGUAUCCCAGAGAGAUGGAGUCCUUCAGAAAUCAAGAGUGAAAGAGGUUCAUCACUCUGGGGAAGAUUGGGUGAGGAAAUACUUCAGCAAUUCCAGAUGAAUGUUUCUGAGAAUUCAGAGAUUUCACCUUCUGCAGAGCAAAUUUGAUCAAAAAGUAUCUCAAACAAUCUUUGUAAAAAAGAGACAAGGCAGAUAACUUUAACUGUAUCACCAAAAAGUGACAUGACUCUGUAGUGGACGUCACUGCAUGGGCUCAAAAUCACACCCAAAACUCUGUUUAUUGCCUGUAGGUUGCUCUUGACCAUGCAAAAAGUAAAACCAUGUCUAAAGAUGAUGCAGGAAUGCUGACCUCUCUGGGCCCAAGGCCGUUAAAGGUGGUCUGAGGCGAAGUGAAAAACGGUCCUGCAGUCUGACAAUCAAAAUUUGACAUUCUUUUAGAAAUGGACCAUGGGUGCUGCCUACUUUCUUCUAAAGGGGAGAGGGACCGCCUGGCUUGUUAGCAGCACACAGUUUAAAAGCCAGCAUCCCAGAUGGUACGAGAAAGCAUAAAUGCCAAUAGUAUUUGGAGUUUACACAUUUGAAAGGUUCUAUUAGUGCUGAACAAAUUAUACAGGUUUACAAGCAGGAAAUGCUGCCAUCCAGUCAGUGCAUUUCUCAGGAAAGUCCCUCCACGAUACAGCAAGAGAAUCCAAACUAUAUUUUGCAUUAUUAAAAUGGCAUAGUUCCACAGGAGAAGAAUAAAAGGGCUCAAAUGGCCUGCCUGCAGGCAUCUACUGCAAUUAUUUGGCACAUCAUGACACAAAAAAUACGACAAAGGAGACCUUGAAGUGUUGAGCUGCAGAAAUCCAGCAGCCGGCGAGAAUAGGGCAUUAAACUCUCAGAACCCCAGAAACUGGUCUCUUCUGUUCCCCUGUGUUCACUCAGGAUUGCUAAAAGAGGAAGUGAUGCUGCAGCCCCAACUUUUUUAAACAUGCUCCACAUGUAAUCAAAUUAAAAAUUAGAUUUGAUCUGUUAUGUUUUCUUGUCAAGAUUUUCAGUAAAAUUCAGGCUUUGAAUGUUUGCAAACCAUCAAAUUAUGUUUUUAUCACCAUGUCACAGUGUCCCGACUCUUAUGGAAUUUGGGUUGUUGUGCUCAUCACAAAAUCCUAACAAUACUCAACCCAAAGUAUUUGACUAAACCACUUUUUGAUGUGAUCGUUUGUCCUCCUUUUGUAUGAAACCAGUGAGGCAGAGGAAGAUGAAACAGUGAAGUAGCAAGAGGGAUAGGGUACAGAAGGUUUUGUUGGCAGAUUUUGACACCAGGCCUCGGGGAAGUUGGAUGUGAAUCCAAAGGCAGUGGUCCACUCGAGCUGUGAGCCACAGCCUGGGUCCAGACCAACACACAAUCGCCCUCUGACAGCAUUCAGUCACACGCUCCAGCUCAUUUCAGCCUGCUGAGUCCCAGACCGAAAUACAAUAACAAUGGUACAAAUAAUGAGCCAUUCGCUAUGAAUCCACAGAGAAUUUGGCCUGGUUAAUUAGGGCGGACAAAUUCCAAGACAUUCAACACAGCAGAGGAUUGAUGCAUCGGCCCUAGUACAAAUAAAUACCCAAAAUACCACGGCGGCACAUUUUGCUGUCAAAUUAUUACAUUCACAGAUGUGCAACUGAGAACCACAUCGAGUUUCCUGUCUGACAAAACCUGCAUAAAUAAAAGCCACUGAAAUAAAAUACACUAUGUGCAGAUUGUCAGGAUUCAGACAGCCCCUUGAGAGUGUUACUGAGAGUGUGAGGGCAUGUGAGAACAAGUGUGGGGGAGUAAGGUGAGUUGCCAGGUUUACAAUGGUUAUUUCCAUUAGGAUGAAGCUUUUUGGUGGCAGGUGUUAGAGGCUAAGAUUAUACGGUCUCUGGUAUUAAUCCUGUUAGAGAGCCAUGACUGGAUGAAUGAAUAACAUUCUGACAUUCUCCAGUCAGAGUGCACAGACACCAGAGUUAUUUACCUUCAGGGCGCCGGAUGUUAACACUGUUGCCAUGUUUGAACUGGCAAUCUAAGAGAGGCUCGACUAUAAGCUGAUGCGGCUGCACAAAUCCAGCAUCACAACAACUGUCAGUGCUGCUGCCAUGACCCCGGCUGCUGCCGUGACUUCUUGCAGAACUGCUCUGGAUGACAUUUACAGUCGUCUGAACAUUAAUGAGUGAGAGUACUUUCCCCUCGAGGUCCACAGUUAUUACCGCAACUAAUGAGUUAAACAAAGAGCUGCCAUAUUUAAUUACUCAGAAGGUAAUUAAAAAGAAACUUAUUUUACAGAUUUGUCAUCUGGGCAAGAUUUCUGUGAGAUAUCUUAAUGAUCCUCAAAGUUACACCUAUUAAUGUAGGUAAGAUGUGAAAUGAAAAAUACUUCCGGUUGAAUUGAGGUUUCUCUGUCUUUGGAGUGCUGCAAAAUCUGAUUUUCUUCACGCACCACCACCGCCAUUUGAAAUAGUUUCAGGCUGCUCAAACUGCAAAGUAGCAACAUUCCCGGAAGCAAAACAUGCCACUCCAAAGUCUGAAUACUGUGAGAACGUGUAGAUUUUUCGGGCUGACUGAGAUUUUCUGCAGUAUUUAAUUGAGCCAAGUGUUCGGAUGAUGAAAUGAUGCAGAGUGAGGUCGAGGUUGAGGCUCCUCUCCUGCGUGGUGCAUGUGAGAAUUUCUUGCCCAGCUCUGUGAACUGUUAAGCUCAGCCCUUUCAGUCAAUGCGGCGCAUGAUGAGGCACUUAUCGCUGCAAUUAACCUCAUUUACCAUCACCACUGAUCUGGAAUUAGCAUAAAACUGUGCAAAAACCCUUUCUGUCGUAAAUACCAAACAUUCCACCGACUCAGCUUCAAGUAUUAGAGGAAUUACAUCAUUAUAAGAGGGGUGGGUGUCACGGCCCAAAAUGUUUUCCUUUCUUUUCUUCUCUUGCCCCCUGCGGUACCAGUUUUAUAUCACAGUCUUAUAAAAUAAAAAGGGGUCAUACAAGUUCAAUCACUAAAACCUCCUCUCCCCCUCAAACAAGCCUGUGAUGCUGUACUAAACUCAUUUCUGUGCCAGAGAGCAGAGAAAGAGGAUUUUUUAUAAAUAACUGUGUUCUCACUUCUUGGUGUGCCGUGACUUUUAACUGAAUCUGCGCUCCGAGUUGUCACUUCUUACCUUUGUCCCUAUUUUUAGAAAACAGCACAUGUUAUUUUACAUGUUAUUUAAGUGUUGAUGAGUUACUCCUUCAGAAAAAGAUGCUGCUUCCAGGCUUAGCUGUAAAAAAAAACCAUAUCAACCGGGGACUUUUAUUUUGAAAAACUUAUCAGAAUUUAGAUGUAAUGCCAAUCCCAAUGAACUGAGCUUUACUUGAGCUAUAAUUAUCAGUGUGGGGAGUACAGACAGUCAUUUGACUACAUGUCAGUCACCUCUUUUUAUCUGUCCAAGCCAUCAGUUGAAUCACACUUUCAAGCAGAUAGAGCUGUUACUAUGGAAAUGCAAAUGCCUGCAGUGCUGCUACUUACCAGCCUCAAACUUGGCGAGAACAGGGGAAAAGUUUACGUGAUUGCUGAGCCAUUAUUCACUCUCACUGUAAAUGCCGACACCCGCUCAGACAGACUAAGGUGGUGCCCUUUAAUUUGUGAGUCUGGCUCUGGCUCUGGGAAGUUUGAGCCAAACAGGGAGCAGUCCAGUAUUAGACCCAACUUCUUUUACUCAUCACCACUGCUGCAUCACUGCUAGGGGGGACAGCACCUCCAUCUCCUCUCACUGUGAAAUAUGAAGCCAAAUCCGCCACAAUAGGCCCAUGGCACAUACUGAAGCUAUGCUAUUUGCAAUUUUCAAGUCAGAUUUUGGGGGAUUUUAAUUAUAAGAACUACAAAAUAUGACCUAAGCUGUAUAUAAAGGGGAAAGGUUUGUGAAGGUUUAAGAGAAAUUUGUAAAAAUAACAGGAUUGGCUAUUAAAAAAGGAAGUCCAGACAAACAUCUCAUAUGAACCCAAGGCACACGUCUUUGUCCUUUUUCUGCCUGCAGCUGGUGACAUGUUCAGGUGCAUUCAAGGAAGGCUCUCUACGGAUCAUCCGCAACGGCAUUGGAAUUCAUGAGCAUGCCAGCAUUGACCUCCCAGGAAUCAAAGGUUUGUGUGCACUGUCUACGUAUGUCUGUGUCUCCUCCACUGCACCGUCUCGAGUGUUGACUUUAUGUGGACUUUAAUCCUUCACUGACUAGACGGCGAUACCUCUUCAACCUGCACAUCUGUCCGCAUCUGCCUCACCUUGCCAAGACGGCAGCUGUUGCAGGUCUCGGCUCAGCAUGACAGUCUGGGCAGAUGGCUCGGAUGUCAUAGGUCUUGGCUCAGUACCUUAAAAAAAAAGAAGUAUUGCCAAUUUGGGAACAUUUGUUUUCAUUAAGUAAACCAACAAGCACUGCAGUGUCUGCAGUAGUAAACUGUCAAGUUGAAGAAUGCCGUCAGCUGUAAUGAUGGCAGACAACUCUUAAUCUCGGAAAAUGAGGUUCCUCUCCAAAGACUUCUCUGAGGCUUAAAUGAGACACACAGGCAGAGUCCAGGUCUGCUGGCACUUGUUCAGCUUCAGCUGUUUAUUGACCGUUUCUGCCCUAAAAGUCUCAGCUGUGGCCUCUUGCCCCUGGCCUCUUCAUGAGAGGCAAUUAUUCACUCAGCCAAUCAAUUGCCUUCUGAGAGGGAUCAGCAACCUGUACAUCUCUCAGCAUGUUAGUAUUUGAUGAAUGGUAUAGUUUCGAAUCUGCUGGAACGCUGUUUGUCUGGAUAUUGUCUUUCUUGCUCUGCAGAAUGCUGCACAAAGUAACUUCAACUUUUCCCUCGCAGGUUUGUGGCCGCUCCGCUCUGAGGCAGGCAGGGAGACAGAUGACAUGCUGGUGCUGUCGUUCGUGGGUCAAACACGGUGAGUACAUCCUGCAAGAUAAGUGCGCAGUCGAUCCUAAAUGUUUUUUAUCUUAUCUUAAGAGUGCGUUUCCCCCCAGAGUGUUGAUGCUGAGCGGGGAGGAAGUGGAGGAGACUGAACUUCCCGGCUUUGUGGACAACCAGCAGACUUUUUACUGCGGCAACGUGGCCCACCAACAACUCAUUCAAGUUCGUAUUCUCACGCAUGCACUCUCUUUCGUUAUGUGUGCCAAGUUCAUGUACCGAUACUCCAAGUCUGGCCCUGCUCUGUUUGAAUAAGCUGACUUUGUACAUUCCAGUUCAAAGUAGAAAUGGCAUCCAAUUUCACAAAUUUAAAUUUAAUUAGAGAAAUUAAUAAUUCAACUGUGGCCUUUUCCCGUUUAAUACGAUAGACUUCGCAGGAACUGAGUCAUACAUGAUUGAAAGGGGCAGCUGUGAAUAGAAAGGGUGCAAAAGGACCUCAUGUAUUUUACGCUUAGUGAGAUGAAUAUUGCACUUCAUCUAAAUUCCAGUUUUCGCCUGCCUUCUCUAAAACAAGGAUGAAACCUGCUGGGAAUUCUGCCAACUGUAAGACCCGGCACCAUAAAUCUUUAGGCUGUUAUGACAACAAUGCUCAUGUUUAAAGGCUGGAAUAUUUUAUGAAGUCUCCCGCCUGUCAGAGUCGGUUCACCGAAUGCAUUUUUAAGUUUGAGCCCAUCUAUGUUUUUUGUUUUCAUGGCUUAUGGUUUAUGACCUGAGAAAAGUAACUUUAAAUAAUAAAAGUUGCACUUAAAUUUGCACUGAAGGCUCCUGCAGCAGACAGAGAUUUUUUUUUUUUGCUUUUGGCCUUCAGUGGUUUUAUCAAAAAGACACUUAUUUUGGUGGAUAAACAGACUGAAAGAAACGACAAUAAAGGCUGCUGUGAUUCAAAACAACAGUGCUAUAUUUUAUUUUUCAAAAUAGGUUGUAAUCAUUUGCAAAUUGUGGACAUAACUCUAAUUCUUCUACUUAGAAUGCUUUGACAUGAAAGGGUUGUAUGUUUCUGCAGCUUCUAGCCUUAUUUUAGCCUCAUUAUUUCGGUCUCCUGCCCUGAACAAAGAAGAUGCGCUUGAGCUUAUGCUGCUCUGAUUAACCCCACUAUAAAAAAAAAAUGAAACAAACUAAAGCAACAGUUUUCUGCAAACGAGUUCAAAGAAGCCUACUGUGCAAAACCCCGCCACACAGAAAAAGAGCCACGUAAGCGGCUAUUAAAAAAACGCUGAACAUCUAGAAAGAACAAGAUAUUCUUCUCAGGGAGAUUCAGAGACUAAAGCCAGAUCCCACGACUCAAAGGCACACAACCAUAGAUCUAACAUGAUGCUUCCACGUGGGCGGACACCUGCCUGCUACAACUCAUCAAAAAUGAGUGUCCGUUUCCACAAGAGAUUCCCACAACUUAUUUUACUUAUUUUUUUACUGUUUUGUCCAGAUUGAAAACUCGAUAGAUGUAGCUAAAAAUUGUGCACCAUAUUUACGAUCAAUAGAGGUCAAUACCCUGCAAAUUCGUGGCCCUAUGACUUUUACUCUCUUCCUAUAAAAGGGUCAAUUUGUAAAGAUCGACAUGUAGAUGACUCAUAUAUAUAGACUUCACAUCCUCUCUCAUCUGUGAGCACUGAGGCAGCCUCUGACUUACGUAUUCUCUCCCACCAUCUGGUCAAAUGAGAAAAAAUCCAAGAGUUUAGUGUUUACCAAAUAACCUUAAACACGCCGACUUCUUCAUUAGCUCACUAAACUAACUAUGAGGUAACUUUUUAAAUCUUCAGUGCAGUGGAGCGCUCUUAAAGCAUCUUAGUAGUCCGACCACGUUAGCACACUGAUGUUUGCAUUCAGCUGAAAGCACCGCUGUGCUUAAGAACAGCCUCACACAGCCACUAAAGCGGCUGCAGACUCUUAGUCUUGUUUGACAAAAUAACCUCCCCAGGUGUUUGGACACUGGUUGUGCCUCAACUGUGCGUCCCGUUAAAAAGACUUAACUCUUGUAGAAAAGAUGUCUCCACUUAUAUUCACAACAAGAAGUCAAACUUUACCGUUUUCUUCCCCUCAAAUGUGUUUUGAUUUGCUCUCCAAACAUAAACAGGCUGCAGAAACUGGGCAAUAUAAUCUUCAUAACUGCUUUCAAGGACUCCAUUAAGAACCCAUAUUGGAUAGAUGCCUUGGUUUCACAUUUCAUUUCACCUCUAUAUUAUAUUAGUUCCCCAACAGUGCAACACCUCCAUUUAUAGUUUGACUGGUGUUUGUACCUGCUGCAGUCUGUUAAUGAUGCUUCUGCAGCUCUUAUUCUCUGCUGCACAGCUCACCCAGUCAUAUCAUCACAUUUUAGAUAUUAAAUGUGUAUUCCUCUAUAGCCUGAGGGGCUUUUAUCAGAUUCUUACAAGCCUUUUGCACUGGCAGUACAAACGCAAUAAAAUGAACUUUUAUAACAACAUUAAUAGAUCUUGUAAAGUGAAACAUCUACAAUAUCUAAUGAAACAAACACAAGGCUGAAGUUUUGCAUCAGUUUUUUCCAUCUUAAGCUAUAUGUCUUAACUCGAGUACUGUGAUUGAAGUGCCAUAUUUUCCAUGAAUGCAUUUGUUUUCUACAAAAUGUGAUUGCGACCCUCAUGUAGUCUUCAACUUUGAUUCUCUCUCCUCAUAAACAUCAGUUUUUGCUCCAUCAGAAAUCACUUUUUCAACAUUAACCGAAGGCUGACAGAUUUCAUAAAAUCACCGAAAUUGAGUGCAGAGUGAUUUGUUUUCUAGCGCAGUCUCUUCAUGUUUUUAUUUAGACAAACAGAUAUUGUUCAAAAGUCUUUUUGCAAUUAAUCAUCAUUUCAUUCCAGUCGUUUUCAAAUGCACUUACGUUCUUGGCUCAGAAGUAAUGAGAUUUACCUUCACACUGUUUCAUAUUUCAGUCUCCUCUUUAACAUUUCUGUCACUCCCCUGAAAUACUGUGGAAAAGAAUAUCUCACAAAGGAAAAAACUGUGUGCUUCCAGAUCACGUCAGGCUCUGUGCGCCUGGUGCUGCAGGACAGCAAAGCAUUAGUGAGCGAAUGGAAGGAGCCACAGGGCAGGAACAUCAGCGUGGCUGCCUGUAACCACACGCAGGUAGUGCUCGCCGUGGGACGGGCCCUUUACUACCUGCAGAUCCUGGCUGGAGAGCUCAAACAGAUCAGGUAGUACACAGCCACACGCAGGGCAGACUGCGGGUUAUUGAUGUUUUCAGGAUAGUUUUGACUUAAACUGAUCAGCUUGGGAUUUAGCUGUCAAUACCCAACUCCUCUGCAAACAAGGCCACAGUAUCAACACUAUAAAUCAUGUAUCAUACAGGUACCCAAGAGCUGCUUUUUGUGAAACAUGCAUCACAUUAUAUCAAAAUCCAAUGACAAUCUCCAGAGCAAAAAGGAAGAAGCUGGCUUGGAAGUGCUAAACAUGCAGUCCCUUCAGUGUCCUCUUGGUCUGAAUCUAAAACAGAGUAAAUCCCCACGGAGGCCUGUAUACACGGAAUAACCCAACUUUUUCAGCAGAAUUGAACAUGAUCAGAGCCUGCCAAAAAAGUGCUUUAGCCCUGAUAACGACCACAGAGAGCUGAAUUUUUAUUACUCCUCCCUUUAUUGCCAAAAGUUAUUUAAUUAUUCACCUCUCGUAGGAUAUCAAACCGGCUGUGAUGCAGCGAUAAAUUACAAAAUAGACAGUUUGGUGCAGUAUUGAAACUUCUAUGGAGUAAGUCUUUUACAUUGGAAAUGUAUCCCUUAAUGGACUUCUCUGUUACACUUCCAUAAGUACAGAAUAACAAUGACUUUAUACCGAAAACUUAGCGAGUUGGUAUGAGUGUGAGCAUGAGUGGUUGUCUAUCUCUCUAUGUGGCCCUGCAAAUGACUGGCGACCGAUUCAUGGUGUACCCCGCCUCUGGGAUAGUCCCAAACCACCCAUGACCCCGAAAGGGAUAGGCGGUAUAAAAGAUGAAUGAAUGAAUGAACAAACAACCAAGCAAAAGUGACAGAGUUGAAGUUACUUUCUGAUUGUUCCAUGAAGGUUACGCUUUGAAUCAGAAUCAGAAAUACUUUGAUAAUCCCCAGGGGGAAAUCGCUUUGCGUUACAGUAACUCCAGUGCAAAUGAAGUGGAAAGAGGAGAUGAAUAAAUAGACAAAGUAAGAAAAAAAUAAAGAAAUCAAAAUAUGCAAUAUGUAUACAGUUUUACAAUAUACAAGAAUGUACACUAUAUACAACACAAAAUAGUAAAAUAAUAAAAAAAUAAUAAUAAUAAUAAAAUUGAAGACUUUGUAAAUACAUCCACACCACUGCCCAAGCACCCAGGAAGGUUUCCGAUUUGGUUUUCUUCCCGCUGAAGUCACACUUCUUCCUGCCUGCUUUGUGUCCCUCUGAUCUGCCCUCUGUCACAGCCUCUGCAGUGCUAACCCUCCUCAUUCACAGGUCAGCAAGUCCUGACGUGUCUUUGGUCCCAUUAGCUUCUAAUAAGGGCGUGCACUUUAGGUUUAUGAGUGUAACAGACGGUGAGCAGAGGAGAGAGACAGGGAUAUCACCAUGUUUUCUAUGUGUGUCAUCCUGUUGGCUGUUAACAGGGAGAAUCACAGCAUUGAAUGAUGACAGAUGGCUGAAACGGUUACAUUAGUGCAUAAACACCCACCUCCCCUAGAUUACAAAUAAUGAUUCAGAUCAAGUAUUGUCAGGUUUUGGUCUAUGAUCCGCUACUUUUUUGUGCAGCUUGGAAAUCACAAAUUAUAGAUGCCGUUUUAUGUGGAGUUUAACUUCUGUUGUUGCGGUAUAGAAAUGUGUAUCGAUCCAGCGGUUUUUUACUUGUGUUGUAAAAGAAUCAAAAUCCUGACAGCCAGACAACUCUGGAUUAUGGCCUUUGAAUGAUUGGUCGAGGGAGCAGUCCUGUAGGUGUCGCUCAAGCUGACAGAAGUCGGUGAGCUCGACCUCUUCCCAGUCCUUCCUCAUGACUAAAGACAGUCUUUUCAGGCCUUCAGUAAAUCACAGUGACAACAGCCACACCUGAAAAUUAAACACAGCAGGUGAUGUCAGGGUGGUUUCACUCUGCUGUGUCCACUGAAUAAAUCCAUAAAACAUAAUUCAGGAUCUCCUGGUGUCACAUCACACAAAGAAUGUCAACAGACACAUGUUCUUGUGCUCUCUGGAAUCAUUUGACAUUACAUGGAAUACCGUCUGUAUUUCCACAACAUUUUUUCCUCUCUUGGUGAGAGCAGAAGCAGAAGAUAUGAAACCACUCUCUUGAUUUUACAUUAUGUCUGAAAUUAAACCAGCAGUAAUUUCUCACGAAGACCCUAGAACACAAGGAAGUGAGAGUCUGGUUCAGUCUGGACUGGAGACACAAGAUCAGGCAACAAACAAACCUAUGGGGGGAUUGGAAUGGUACACAGAUGGUUUACAGAAGUUGUAAGAAGUUGCUGUCCUUCCUCUUCUUCUGCCAGAGCACAAGCGAUGAAUAAGUGGGCCCAAAGACAGAGGAACAGUCUUCUGGACUUUCCUACAAGCAUGUUAAGCAAUGGUACCAAGCAGAUAAAUGUUACAUGUGGACAGAGACAGGCUGGUAUGUUCUCUUUCCAAAUUUGUCUCAAGCUUAGCCAACCUGCUGCCAGGCCCUGCUGUACAUUCACAGUACAGAUAUGAUAGCAGUAUCAACUUUUUACCUCACUCUCAGCUGGGCUGUCUUUCCCCUCAUAUGUCAAACUACUAUCUCACUGCCAACAGAAACUAUCUUUGAGCCUGUUGAUUGGCCGCCUGACAUCUGAAACAGCCUCUGUGUUGUACACAAAGGAUACUGAUAUGAUACUACCCCAUCUUUAAUUUAUCGUCUAAUUUCAUGUGCACGUAAAACAUUUGUAACACUCCUGUUUCUGAGUGGGAUGGAACGAUAACACCUGUGGAGCCGUGGGCUGGUGCUGUGUUCCUAAAUUGGCGGAAACAUCUGUCAGAGAAAAGCCACUGUAGACCAGCAGACUCACGCUUUUUCUUUUUUAAACUCUUUGUUCAGCGUGAAGAAUUUAUAAGAGACGAGUCAGCUUGCUGUCUUUGGAGGUUAGACUUGCAGGUGCACAAACGCUCAUGAGUUAAAAAAAGAUACAGCAUCUUUCCUCAGCUGUCUGCUGGCCUGUGAUCUUUGCAAAGAUGACCUUUAUCAUGAAAGCUACAGCACCUAAAAAGUUACAGGAAUUUCAGACAACAGAAAAAAAAAGACUCUUUCGCCUUGUGCCUUAUUCGUAAACGAAACCAUCAACAAGACUUACUGUUAACAAAAGAUUCUGACUGAUUGAAGAGCAGGUUGAUUUAAUUUUUAAAGUGAUAACACAGCAGGGGGAGAAUAUGGGAAACUCUGCAACAACAAUACCCAACAGAGGUGCCAUUUGAAAGUUAAAUUAAUCAAACAUCAAUUUAUCGUAUCCCCAAUAGUCCAGCAGCUUUGCCUCUGAGUCGCAGUUCUUUGUGAUCUUAUUUUCCUGAACUAUCUUACUCUUAAUUUAAUCUCUUCUUUUCAGAUAUGCAGUCAAGUUGGAGAUAAGUGAUUUACAUCUCAUUUCUCAAGUCUGAAGUGAAUAGUGGAGUUGAACUGUAGGGUACACUUGAUUAUAUUUCUGUCGUGUUGCUGUUGAGGUUUACCCCUGUGGCUGUCGUUGUGCCAGCACUGCUUAGGGACACAAAGCCCAGGUUACACACGCUUUCUUUUAUUUUGUCAGAGUAAGACAUAUUGCUUGAAAAGGACGCCACCAGACCUCCUCGAAGCAAGAAGUGUUUGUUUUCAGCCGACGAGUAAUGAUAAAUGAUGGAAACAUGGAGAAGACAGAGGGAAGAGUCUCAUCACAGCUGUGAACCAGAGUUCAGCCAACACUGGUUUUCCACCUAAUUAAACAAAUCUGUAUAAAAUCACAAUAACUGGGAUUCUUCUGCAUACUUACAACACAUAGAUACAAACAUGAUGAUUGAAUACCUGAAUUUAAAAUGAUCUAUAUCUGAACACUGUGCAUUUGAAUGCAUAUGUGGACUGAAGUGGCUAAUAUAAAGACGUGUGGUGCUGAGGGAGUGGUUGUAAUUAACAGUUGGAAACAGUGAUGUUACUGUCUUCAACUGUUAAUUGGAACAGUUGGAAACUACAGACGGUGGUUUCCUUUUUAAACACGCUGCAUUCAUGGAUUGUCAUACCCAGACAAGAAACACCCUAGUUUAUUUAAAUUAUUCCACGAUAAAUUUGUGAGUUUGUAGAAACAGAUAACAAUUCAGGUUAUUCUGGUGUUUUGCAGAGCUUUUGUUGUACUCAACAAUAUUUUUGUUAGUUUUAUAUGGAUUAAUACAGUACAGCUCUUUAAAGAGCACAAGAUACAAAGGAAACACAUCACAAACACCCCCUUUCCUUCAAGACCCCGUCUACUGCUGGAUAUUCCUAUUUCUGUGCUUAAACAACAAAUUCUGGAGCUAAAAAAAACAAGUGAGUGCUGAAAUUCAGGUUUUGUAGAUCUUAGAAUAUAAAGACGUUGAGUAAUAUAAAGUAAAAAGAAAAUAAGUUAAAUGAACUACUGUACGUUAAGAGAAAUACAUGUCGCUGAAAUGUAGAGCUUUUUAAAAUGUAAAUUCAACUUUUUACUUAAUUAAGGACCUUUUUUGUGGGAAAUUUACAUAAUUUCUGUGAACAUAACUCCUCUCUCUCGGCCCUAAUGCCAUUUUGAGGAUUUUUUUUUACCUGCCCUGGUAUCCUGUCUUAAAUUUUAAUGGUUGUGUUGUGAGGAAAGUGGAAUCGUUAUAAAGAUUUAAUCAUUUUUCCUUAAGUGGUCCUGUCCUGUAACUUUUAGUACUUUUAGCGUGAUGGCGACAGAGGUGGUUCAGUUUACAUAUUAAGGCUCAUGGUUCAUGUUGCAAGAGUUACUACUAGAGUUGUUGAGUAUUUUAAAACUUUAAACAACACAGGUGAAUCCCUUGACUCAAAUCAGGCAUCUACACAACCUGUAGUCUUCUUCUUUAUGUCUGUGUGUGGUGUGGCAGAGAUCCAGCUGGGUGCACUUGGGUCGUGUUAAGUGUUGUGCCCUCGUUUUUCCACUCUGCUUGCGCUCCUUUUAAAGGCUUUAAAGGAGCAUUGCUGCUGCCCCUGCCCUCUCACCACAGUCAAUGUGUAUGUCUCUGAUCAGAGGCUUGGAGGCGGAGAGGGCAGACCCACUGCAAUUUAUAUAUAUAUCAAUAAAUAGCAAAGCUGUUCAUCAUCUGAUUACUCAAUACGCUUAAGUCUGCAUGGCGUAUGGGAAAACUUUAACACCCUUACUAUGCAGGCAGGCACCACGUUGCUGUCACCUAUGUGUCAGCCUGACCCUACCAAUGACAAAACGUUAAAUUUAGAAGCAUUCACCCUUAAGACAGUGCCUUGAUCGAUUAAUCAUAUAAAUUAACGAUCAAUCAUUGAGUUGAUCUUUUUUUAUGCGAUUGGCAGAAAAUACGCAAAAUAACUUGUUCUUCCUCAUUGAAAUGCUGGAGGAUGGACACCUGUUGUCAGGCCUUUUUUAAUAACAUUAGAUCAAUUGGACUUUUGAGUGAUCUACGUAAUUCUUAACAAUCAAUUAAUCAGUCGUCAGUUAAUCAUGCCCAUUCCUAGUUUACCCUCACUUCUCCUCAGUUACACAUUCACACAUGCUAAAACAGACAGAGUAAUCUUUCUCUCAUUUUGUUUGAAGCAGAGGUCAGUGCUUCAAGAGAACAGGAAAAGAUUGCUGCAGUCUGUUACUGCGGAUCACCCAUAGUUCAAACCAUACAGGAUGGUGGAUCACGGACCAACAGUGAUCUGUGCACCACUCAUUUUAGAGAGGUUAUACAGAGGAAAUGGCAGUUGGAUUUUGCAGUGUGUAGAUCUUCGCCUCACAUCUUGAGUCUGUGUGAACUCACAGCUCAGCUCCCGUAAUGACCGUCAGACGUUUCUCAAUUUUCAAACCAUGUGGGAAUAAAGGCAACCACAACCCGUGCACUGUUGCAUUUGACACAUUUAUGGCAGUUGUUCUGAAGUUCUGCUGUGCAUCCUAACCUUUAUGGUACACUGCCACUUUCACACAAAGGGAAGGGCGGCUUGUUACUGUGUUUCUCAUGCCCUCUAAUCUUCCAUCAGCACCACGGAGAUGGAGCACGAGGUGGCUUGCCUGGACAUCACACCUCUGGGGGAGGGAGGUGGUGAGUCACUGCUCUGCGCUGUGGGACUGUGGACCGACAUCUCUGCCCGUGUGCUCAAACUGCCCUGCUUCACCGCCCUGCACAAGGAGAUGCUGGGAGGAGGUAAGAGGGAAAAAAAGGAGCUGUAAGGGCUUGUGUAAGACAGGAAGAUAGAUGCAGGUGGGGUUGAGUUUUUCUCUGAAUUCCAGCAGCACAUACAAGGACUUAAUGGGCCGCUUAUUUUUAUCCGACUAAUGCAAGCCUUUUCAAAAAGCUAUUACACACCCACCGCAAAAUCUUAACACAUAGUUGCAAAAAUGUCUUUCACUCUCUGCUUUUUGCUGCUUAACAAACCACAGCCGGAGUACAAGAGCAGGAGAGGACACAGCUCAGUGCCUACUUAACCUUGACAGAUUACACAGUAUUUAGAAGCAGACAAUGUUGGUAAUUGUGGCUUUUUAAGUGCUAAAUUAGAAGAAAUAUAUAUCUAUUUGAAUGGAUAUCACCAAAAAUAGAAGGCAGUUUUCUUUUUCCUUACUUUUGUGUUCAAGUUUUAAAAAGGGAGACAUUAAUAUUAAAGCUGCUGAUCAAUCAAGCAGGAAUACAUGCAAGUUCAGAAAUCGUUCAGAUCAGCUCAGACACGAAAAGAAGAAACUGGUAUUGCUGUUUCACAUUUUUGAAUCAAAGUUGAAAGUGUAAACGUAUUUCUCAUUCAGUGAGUUGAAAUGUGGUCAACGAAUUCAUUCCCACAUUCUGAAGAAGCUAUAAUCAGCAGCAUUGCAGAGGAACUUUGACUAGAGGAUGGUUACUGAAAAUGAAAAUGUGACAAACGAUAUCUGAUUAGCAGUUCUGGUUCAAUUCUACUGCAGUGAAUUCACUUAUAAAGGAAUGGUCCAACUUCCCUUUAUAGUAUUACUUUAAAAAAAGAAGGUUUUUAGGUCUCUGCAGUGAAAAUGGAUGGAAACUACCAGCAGGGAUCAGUGGGAAAGAAAGAAUAAUAACCUCCAUCAUCUCUACAUGUUAUUAAAUUAACAUGGGAUCAAGAAUUCUCUGCAGCUUCCAGCUGAGAUACAGCCUACAUAGACUGCCCCGUUAAACUGUGAUAGCAAAUUACCUUCUACAAGUAUUGUGCAUUUUGAAUAAACCAAUUUUUGCGUGUGAAUUGGGAGCUUUAAAGGUGAUAGUAGGUUAAAUUUGCUACUACUACCUUUUGCAGAGUGUGGAGCUAUUCCUUGGAGAAGUCUGAUGUAUAAAGUCUAAGCAGGACAGGGUCUAUUAUGGUGAAGUGGAGGCUGAUAGGGAUCAUAUCUCCAGUUCCAUGUAUAGAUGUAAAUAUUAUCCCCCAUUAAGUGCCUCAUUUUUACUAUGUUCCAAGUGACUACUUGAACAUUAAAUAUGCUCUCAACCUGAAUGCAUUAAGCGCACCAUUUAGACCCUCCAAAGUGUUUAAACUGCGAAUGUUAAAAUAUGCAGGAGAGGACUUGACUACUUUUGGUUAAACUUAUCAAAAAGUCAGCAGUCACUGGAGACUGGAGUUUCAGAACAUGGUGAACCGGCACAGACAGGACUCUCACUCUCCAAUUAGACUGCUGCAUCCAUGAGGAGGAUUUCCACACUCUCACCCACAGUGUCACACUGUAUUAUCCAAGUGUAUUUGAUUGACAACUGCUCAAACUUUUCAGGCUGCUCUCUCACGCACUGCUUUAACAAGGACAGUAUGGCUCCAAUCAGGAUACCUUCAAACUAGAAGCCUGGAUCUGACCUGAUUGUUGGGGACACUGGCCCAUUACACAGUUUCCCUUUAUCUGCAUUAGCUUUGUUAACUUGAAUGAUUAUUAUGAUAAUGAAGAUCAACUUUUCCUGUUUGUAUUUUAUUUCGGACACAACCCUAAUGACUCUGUUUUUAAUAUCUUGGCUCACUUCCUUCAAAUAACUGAUGUAAGUUACCAUGGAAACCUGCAACCUUUCAAAAAGCCACAUUUCCAACACUGCUGCUCUGCAGAGAGACGGCUAGAGAGCAUUUAAUCAGAGCCAAUGUUGUUUUGAUGUAAUUGGCCCGCAGUCAGAGAAACCAGCAGAGAAGACAGAAGACUUUUCUAUUUAUCCUGCAGCAUUUAAAUGUUUUUCCAAAAGUUAACAGCCAGCCCAGCCAAUAACCUUUAUUGAUUUUUCUGACAGAGACAUUUUUGCAGACAUUUUUCACUUUGGUGUUUAUCCAUGAACCUGUGACUCCAGAGUACAGGAGGAAUAAAUCAUCUGCCUGUGUGUAUCCUCAGAGAUCAUCCCCCGCUCGAUCCUAAUGACCACCUUUGAAGGCAGCUACUACCUGCUGUGUGCGCUGGGGGACGGAGCUCUCUUCUACUUCGGCCUGGACCUGCAGACCGGUAGGAUCUUCACACCGCUGUCACGACAUAGCUUACAUGAGAGCUUUUCUAACUUCUCAGACUCUUGAGGUCCUCCAGGCAAGGCCACAGGCAUCCGUCUGAGAACAUUUUCAAUCUUAGAGAGGUAUUUCAUGGAGAAUUAUAUAACCUCAAGCUCUAUAUUUGGAUGUAAUAGUGGAGAAACUCUGUGGUCUGAAGAAACUAGUGCGAGUUUGUUGGCCUGACAACAAAGAGGGAUUUCUGUGAUGCAAUCAAAUUGUGUGAUUUCAUAGACAGCGAACCUGAGUGCUGUCAAAGCUGGCAGGAGAAUAUUCCCUGACCAAAAUAUACAAUUCGAUCCGAACACAUUCUUCAACCUUUUGUGUUGCUUUUUCAUCACAGACAUAAAGAGCUUUUGUCUGGGAACCUGCCAAGUUCCCAGGGUAGCGGUGAAAUGUAUCUACUUUAUGUUUUUAUCUUCCUGUUUUUUGAUGGUUUUUAAAUUGCUUUUGGUAAACACACGGGAACAAGUAGCUUUUUAAAAGACUGAAGAUUUACUUUCGCUUUUGGAACAUCAGAGAGUCAUGCUGUCAAUCAACAAGGAGCCAAUUAAUCCUCAAAUACCUGUUUUGUAUUUUUCCCUCAUGGGAGCAGCACAAACAAGUUGCUCAUUGAAAUAUCAACUUCCAAGUUAAGAUGGGGAACUUUUUCGCAAACUGUGAAAGCACUGUCAUUCAAUUAGACUCAAACAAAUCUUGUUUUUGAGCUUUGUCUUUGUCUUUACCAGCUGCUAAAACUCUUUAAGUUGUUAAAUGCUCGACUGUGUCAAGCAGCUGCUCUAUCUCUGAGUCUGCUUCGUGAUGCUGAGCAGAUAGUCUACACCAGGUUUUUAAGGCAGCUGUCAACUGCUUCUGAAACAUUGCUGGAAGAGCAGUGAGCAUGAACCAAAACAGAAAGUUGCAUGGGAGCAGAUCAACAGUGAGCUGAAUUUGACUUCAAACUUCAGUUACUGAAACCUGGUGGGAUCUGCAGACACAGUAGAUAAUUUUGUUUGCUUGUACUGCUCACCAAAAUGUUGAAUAAUUUAGAACUGCUGGUUAAAAUGAGACAAACAGAAGUUGAAACCUCCCAGAAAAACUUUUUUUAUUAGAAACCGAAGCUCGAUAAUGUCUUUUUUUUUUGUGCCAAAAGUUUUUUCAUUCCCCUAGAUAGGGAUGAGGGGUCAGUGUCAAAAAUGUGAAGCCUCACCAGGUGAAGACAUCCAAGAGUUUUCCGGAGCCGCAGUUUAAACUUUAAACUUUAUAGAGUUUUCACAGACUGUACAGUUCUCGCUGUGAAGAGCAAACUGAUUUUGACAUGAAAGCACUUUGGGACAGGUCUUUUAAUUGCUGCCUUAUUGAACACCCGUCUGUGCCAACUAAAGCUGACUUCAGGGUCUGUCUUUUGACUUUUGAAUCAAUGCAGAACACAGAAAAUAGUUUUGUCAAACCUUAUGAGGCUUUAUGUUCUGCUUGAAGAAAUCUGAAUUUGAAAACAAAUUAUUGACUUUGUCUUCUUUAUUCUAAGAAAAGGGGAUUAGGUAAAUGUUGGAUUUCUUCAUCCUUAGUUUCUUUAGCUGGACUUUUUCAAUCAGUUCUCGACAGAAGAGCUACUUUGGUAAAAAUGAAAAAGAAAGAGUGAAGAAGUUUCUUUUUCACUCUUGGUUAUGGCCUCACCUCACACAGUAAGUGGAAAAGAAAAUCAACCCUGGAGUAAACCCCCCUGCAGACAGCUGAAUGUUACAGUUAAAUACAGAGGGAUUGGAAUAUAAUCAGAUCAUUUUUGUACCUUGUAAACCUUGUUAAGAACUUAAUGAAGAACUCACUACCAGACAACAGCGUGCAUAUAAAUGUACUCAUUAAUUCUGAUUUAGUUUGAACGCUUCUGAGUCAAUGUGUUCAGUGUUAAGACAGGCUGCAUAAAAGAGCAACCAAGUACACACUUUGUUUAUCUUCCAUGACUGAAUCCACACACUUAUUGACGAGGCAGCAGGAAAGAUAAAUAUAUGGAGAAACAUAAAAAGGCAGAUGCUUCAUGCUGGAAAAAACAGAUGAUUAUUCUGCACAUGAGGACAAACUUUAUCCAGGAAGUAUUUCUUUUAACCCCAGCGAUGGUUCCUGCCCACGCCACCUCAUGUCUACAUCCUCUCUCCUUCCCGCUAGGCGCCCUGAGUGAGCGUAAGAAAGUCACCCUUGGCACCCAGCCUACAGUGCUUAGGACCUUCAGAUCCCUGUCCACCUCCAACGUCUUCGCCUGCUCUGACAGACCAACCGUCAUCUACUCCUCCAACCACAAGCUGGUUUUCUCCAACGUCAACCUGAAGGAGGUCAACUACAUGUGCCCCCUCAACUCUGAGGGUUACCCUGACAGGUAUGCGGCUAGACUCUGAACGUGCUGCUGCCUUUUAUUGGACUGCAGCUGCACAGGAAAGUUUUGCUCUUUCAUGUUUCCUCCUCAGGCUUUGAAGUCUUCAAAAAUGCAGCCUUGUUUGUCUUUACAGACUGUCGGCUCUCACACAAAUGCAUUCCAAUCUUUUCUUUUGAUAUGUGUAAAAAGGAUGAAUCACUCAUGUUCUCUUUCUUUCUUUUACAGUCUGGCUCUGGCCAACAACAGCACCCUGACCAUCGGCACCAUCGACGAGAUCCAGAAGCUUCACAUUCGCACGGUUCCCCUCUACGAGUCUCCACGGUCAGUCUGCUGGUCUUAAAAUUUAGUUAGAGGUGACCUGCAAAUGAACAUUUCACACCUUUAAUCUGUGCAAACAGGCUGUGUGCUCUUCAUGUUUGCAGUGAGUCUGCUCUUUCUCCUGUUGAUUUUACCUUGUCAGUGCUGAAUAUGUCUUUUUUUCUUCCUUUUUUGAGGAAAAAGUCUUUAGUGACCAUUUUUGUUGAUCUGUCUUUAAAUACAAAGAUAUAACAUUGCAAUGUUUGAUGUCUACUCUAAACCUGGGCAAAGUUGAAACCUCUGGAUGUGUUUUCCGGCGUCUCUGAGCAGCUCAUGACCAUAAAUACGCGCGGCCUUGUUAAAGGACUUACCCACCUUUUCGUCGGAAGAGUCCGCCUCCCUGCUUAUAGCUCAAACUCUGCUCUCCACUCUCUUGAUUCAAUAUCCUUUAGAAAGUUGCUUCUAAGUGUUCUUUCGGUUGCGAAGGAAAGACACGACUAUUUUGGUGUUCUGCAAAGAUGAAGGCACCAGAAGACAGUGGGAGGUUUUCUAUUUCAUCCCUUCUGACCGCCAGAGGCGGUGCUUUAAGCACUGAAUGAUUCCCUUCGCGCAUGCGCAGUUCGAGCAUUUGUACCAAAAUAGUCACGCGUGACCCCGGGAUGAACCGGCAGAGGUUAUUUAUUCCGCCGGUCACCGAGGGUUCAGUCCCUUUUUCUUUCUCGCGCGCAGGUCACAAGCUUGCGAUGAGAAGCAUUUUUCUAAAAAAAAAAAACAAAAAACCUACCUUUAAACCGUAUGUGAAGUCGCUGGUAGUCCCGUGGCCGUAGGUCGGGGUAGCGAAAAUCGCCCUCCAGGGACUGUGACUUCCUUUGAGUUGUUCCUUAUUUCUGCUGUUUAUCUCCGACUGAGCGGAGCUUCACUAACUUCGUCGAAUGCUGGGGCGUUCGCCCGUAAGGAAGGGUCGGCGUCCCCCUCUCCUCCGGACAAGGUAGGUUGCUGUUGCAUUAAGCUUGGUUAGCGGACUUUAAUUGUUUUACAAGUCACAACCUAUGCUGGUAGAGGCCGUGUGCGCACCGUUUCCCCCCUGCAUAUGGUUGAGUACCGUGAAUGUAAGCGUAACGCUGCGUAUCGGUUACUUGCUGUAGCUAAAAGUCUGCUCGUUUCGUUCUUUUUGUUGAAAGAAAAAACCGAGGCCAAAGCUAGUUCUAAAAGAAGAAAGCCGGUACGCGGUGUCGCCAUCCGGCCGCAGCCGGCGCUACCGUUGUUGUAGUCGGCCUCAGUGGUGUAAGCGGUUAGACCGCUGCCCCACUCUCUUUUGUCGUACUAUCGGUCCACUAGCGCUUUUGAAUAGCUUCAUAUUUGUUUGGUGUCAUUAGUAUAACCAGUUGCGUUAGCGCCCUGGUCACUUUAAGUGCUCUUGUGCUGGAUAGCAUUAUUAUUAUUUAUUUAUUUAUUUUUUGUGGCAUUGACCAUUAUAACCAGUUGCGUUAGCGCCCUGGUCACUUUGAGUGCUCUUUUGCUGAAUAGCAUCAAUUUGUUUGCAUUGAUCAUUAAAGCCAGUCGUGUUAGCACCCUGGUCACUUAAGUGCUCUUCUGUUUGCUGAAUAGCCUUAUUUAUUUACUUAUUUACUUGCUUAUAACUGUCAGCUUAAUUGCGACUCAGUACUGGUAUAGGCAGCGUUCGCGCUCCCUCCCCCCAGUAUAAGCAACCUUCCGUCCAGCUAAAGCUAGCCUCCGCUGGUGCAGGCAGCGUUCGCGCUCCCUCCCCCAGCUCACGGCGUCUAUUGUCCGGCGGCCAGUAGCGUCAGCGCCCUGGCCUAGUUGGGACAGCUAGGUAGGAUGGAUAGCGCCCACUACUGCUCUUCAUGUCAGGUUGGCCUCCAGCCUGACGACGGACAUGACCUCUGCCCAGCCUGCCUCGGACCCGAACACCUCAGGGAGGCACUUGAAGGGGACCCCUGCAUGAACUGCAGCUACAUGCCUCAGGAGGCAAGGCUGGCCAGGCUGGCGGAGGUAGAGCCGCCACAGGGUGACGACGACCUCGCCCCAUCGGGCCAAGCAUCCACGCCCAGGACCAGGCGCUCAAAACGCCGGGCCCAUGUAGCCACUGCUGCCCCCGCUUCCAAAAGGACAUCGAGGUCUGACCGCUCCCGCCUUUCAUCAAGGGUGGAGAAGCUCUCAGCCGAGCUGGACCGCAUGAGGUCCAUGCUUCAGGCCCACCAGCCUGGGUCCCCUUCGGAGGAGGCUCGGGGGCCCACUCCGCCCAUGCCACUCCUAGUUCCAGAGGAAGAUACACUCUCCCUAGCGGCAUCGGCUACUCACUUUCAUGAGUAUGGUGACCGUGAUGGCGGCGAGGGAGACGGGGUCUCCCAGGUGUCCGAUCAGGGCUCUCACUCCUCAGCUCAAACUUUGCUGCCAGAGGAGGACGGUUCCAUGCGUGCCAUCCUGCGGAUGGCCCUGGAGCAAUUAGGUCUGCCCAUACCGCAGCAGGCAGAGCCCGCCCCUGCGAGUGCCUUCUUCAGGCGCAGGCCAACCUCCACUGCAUUCGCCGUCCCGCAUGCGGAGGACUAUAUAAAGGAGCUGCAUGCCUGCUGGAGAGACUCCAGGGCUUGCUCCCGCCUCUCGGCAGACGGUCGUACCCUGGCGGCAAUGCACGACACCGCAGGGGUCGGCCUGGAUCACAUGCCGGCAAUCGAGCCCAGCAUUGCAGCCCUUAUUGUCUCCCCCGACGAGGCUCUGCGACGGGAUACAAGGUGUCCUCGCCCGCAGUGCAGGCUGACGGACGACCUGCUCAUCAGGGGCUACGAUGCGGCGGCACGUGCUGCUAGGAUCGGGAACUCCCUGUCACACCUCCUGCUUGCCCUGUCAGCGUCCCUGCAGGAGGGCUACUCUAACGGGGAACCCGUCACCUUCUGUGAUGCGGCACUUGAGGCAUUCGGCCUUAUGUCGCGAGAGCUAGGAAGGACAAUGUCCUACCUGGUACAGGCUCGACGCCAGGUCUGGCUCUCCCAGUCGGGCUUGACUGAGGCAUCCAGGAAGACGCUCCGGGCUCUCCCUGUCGAGCCAGGAGCGGUUUUUGGCCCACGUGCCCAAGAGGCGCUGGAGCAGACGAUACAGGCUGGGCAGACCAGGCAGCAGCUUCUGAGUAUGCGCCGCAUGCCACCCCCCAGCAGGCCUCCCUCUGGCAGGGGCAGGGGCCCCCCAGCCGCCUCUGGAGCCCGGCUGCCAGUAGCUCAGAAUAGAGGUCAGCGUUCUCAGCGGCCUACGCAGAGGCAGACCCGGGACUCGCGGGACUCCAGCCGCCUGCCUUCUAGGCAGUUUCGAGCCCCGGACCCUGGUGGACCCCCCGCUUCCAGGGCCCCUAGGGGCCGGGGGGGCAGACGCUGAGCCCGGGGGGCCGGCCGUCGGAUACUUUACACAGCAGCAGCUCAGAUGCUGGGCUGCUCAAGCUUCAGACCCGUGGGUUCUUACCACCUUAACCCACGGGUACAAGCUGCAGUUCCGACGCCGGCCCCCCACAGGAAGCCGGGUCAGGAUUACCAUCAUUGCCGACCCGGCAAAAGCCCUCGCUCUCGACCAGGAGCUAUCCGCCCUCCUGGCCAAGGGCGCCAUCGAGGAAGUGGACCCGCUGCUGCAUCCCAGGGGGUUCUAUUCUACAUACUUCCUCGUCACCAAAAAGACCGGCGGAUUCCGGCCCAUCCUGGACUUGAGGGGACUGAACAGGUACUUAAAGACCUUGCCUUUUCGUAUGCUGACUACAGCGGGUGUGCUACAGUCCAUUGUCCGAAACGAAUGGUUUACAUCUGUCGACCUGAAAGAUGCCUACUUUCAUGUUCCCAUCGCGAGGCAACACCGCCGGUUCCUACGAUUUGCCUACAGAGGCCGCCACUGGCAAUUUCGUGUGCUCCCAUUCGGGCUUUCUCUCUCCCCAAGAGUGUUCAGCAGGGUGGUGGCAGCUGCACUCCAACCUCUGCAGUCCCGGGGCACCAAGAUACUGCCAUAUUUGGACGAUUGGCUGAUCUGCGCUCCGUCCCAGGCGCAGGCAGCCAGGGAGACAUCACAGCUCCUGUCCCACGUGGCGAGCCUUGGACUCAAAGUAAAUGCAGAGAAAAGCUGCCUGGUACCGUCCCAGAGCGUAACCUUUAUCGGUCUGGCCCUAGACACCAGAACGAUGGUGGCACGUCCGUCCCCCAGUCGGGUGGACGGCAUCUUAAGGCUGUUGCCAGCCUUCAAGAGAGGCAGGCGACUGCCGCUCCUCACCUUCCUCCGCCUCUUGGGCACGCUGACGUCCGUUGCGGCCGUCGUGCCGCUGGGCCUGCUGGCGCUACGGCCCCUGCAAAGGUGGCUGAACAGUUUCCACCUAGACCCAGAGCGACACAGGCACCGGAAGAUCGUCGUGUCACGGCAGUGCCUCCUUGCCCUAGCCACAUGGAGGGACAGGGCCUACAUUGUAAGGGGUGUCCCUAUGGGGGCUGUCCCAUCCCGCAGGGAGACCGUUGCCACGGACGCCUGCCCCUUGGGCUGGGGCGCAGUGUGGCAGGGCAGGACAGUUCGGGGACAGUGGUCUGUGGCAGACCACAGCAACCAUAUCAAUGUGCUGGAGCUGAAAGCGGUGCACUUGGCCCUAAGGCACUUUCUGCCUUACUUGGCAGGCAGACAUGUUCUGGUUCGGUCGGACAAUACUUCGACCGUUUAUCACAUAAAUCAUCAGGGCGGUACAAAAUCUGCGCGGCUGCUACAGGCGUCAAGGGACCUCCUGACGUGGGCAGCCCCUCGCCUGUUGAGCCUGCGGGCCAUGCACAUACCAGGAGAGCAGAACCAGGUGGCAGACCUUCUCUCCCGCCGGAAGCCUCCAUCAGGAGAAUGGUGCCUUCACCCAGAUGUGGUGCACACCAUAUGGAGCCGCUUCGGCAGGGCAGGGGUCGAUCUUUUCGCCUCAGAGGUGUCGACCCACUGCCCGCUCUGGUUCUCCCUAGCGGAGACAACCAGCCCUCUCGGCCAAGAUGCGUUCUCCCACCCCUGGCCGAGGGCACUCCUCUACGCUUUCCCACCUCUCCCUCUAAUUCACCAAGUCCUUCAGAGAGUAGCUCAGGAGGGCCACACCGUUCUCCUGGUGGCCCCUUUCUGGCCAGGGCGAAUAUGGUUCCCCCUCCUCCACCAACUCUGCCACGGGACGCCAUGGCGCCUCCCUGCCAGGACGGACCUGCUUUCGCAGCUAGGGGGGCGGCUAUGGCAUCCGGACCCACAACGCCUCCAGCUGUGCGUUUGGCCGUUGGGGGGCCCGAGCCGCUGCUGAGUGGCUGUGUAGAGACGGUUCAACAUACCAUCUUGAACGCGAGGGCACCAUCCACCAGGCUGCAGUACGAGAACAGGUGGCAGCUGUUCUCUAACUGGUGUAGAGACCGGGGCAGGGACCCAGUUCACUGCCCGGUGCCUGCAAUCCUAGAGUUCCUGCAAGGUCUCCUUGAUAAGGGCCGGACCCCUUCGACGUUAAGAGUGUACGUGGCAGCAAUAUCCUCCCGGCACACUGGUGUCAAUAACGGCACAGUUGGGAGCCACCGUCUGGUGUCGCUCUUUCUCAGGGGGGCUCAGAGAUUAAAUCCUCCGAGAGCCCCAAGAGCACCAGCAUGGGACCUCAAUCUCGUACUGGACUCCCUAUGUAAGGCUCCUUUUGAACCCUUGUCUCGCACAGAAUUGAAGUGGUUGUCCUGCAAGACAGCCUUUCUUAUAGCCAUCACCUCGGCAAAGCGCGUCAGUGAGUUGCAUGCCCUGUCAGUGAGCGAUUCGUGUCUGAGGUGGAACCCGGACGGAUCAGGUGUCACUCUAUGGCCCAACACGGCCUUCCUACCAAAGGUACUGUCGACGGCACACCUGAACCAGCCUAUUAGGCUGGCCCAGUUUAGCCUUCCACCGGGAGAGAGGACAGACAAGCUGGAACUGCUGUGCCCGGUGCGGGCCCUCAGGGCCUAUAUCGGAGCCACUGCACGCAUUCGCCGGUCAGAUCAGCUAUUCGUGUGUUAUGGUGGCCCAAAUAAAGGCAGUGCUCUGUCAAAGCAGCGCCUGUCCCACUGGGUCGUAGACACGAUCAGCCACGCCUAUCAGGAUAGUAACCAUCCCACGCCAUCCAGGAUACGGUGCCACUCAACGAGGAGUGUCUCCACCUCAUGGGCUGCCCUUAGGGGAGUUCCCCUGGAGGAGAUCUGCUCUGCUGCCUCGUGGGCGUCAUCAUGCACGUUCGCAAGAUUCUAUAGGGUGAACGUGGCCACUCCCCACCCAUUGGGUGUGGUUCUCCUUCCAGAGUCCUCCGAUUCCGCCCUCUGAGGUUUGUAAUUGGGGUUCCUCGUGACUUUGCUGGUAUAAGUCAUUCAGUGCUUAAAGCACCGCCUCUGGCGGUCAGAAGGGAUGAAAUAGAACGAAAGUUACGUAUGUAACUAAGGUUCUAUGAAUCCCGAAUGACCGCCAGAGCACUCCGUCACUCAGAACCCUCGUGUUCUCGCGAGAAAGUUCUGUAGGGACUGAACCCUCGGUGACCGGCGGAAUAAAUAACCUCUGCCGGUUCAUCCCGGGGUCACGCGUGACUAUUUUGGUACAAAUGCUCGAACUGCGCAUGCGCGAAGGGAAUCAUUCAGUGCUUAAAGCACCGCCUCUGGCGGUCAUUCGGGAUUCAUAGAACCUUAGUUACAUACGUAACUUUCGUUUUAUGUUUUCGGGACAACUAUGUAGGUGUUUGUGCUUCCCACUUCACUGAUAACUGCUUUGUAGAUUGAGGCCAGUGUGAGCUGGCUUUGCAUCUCAACUAUUACUAAAAACUUGAGACUGUUUCAUCCAUAAAGAGUGUCCAUGAACCGCAAACUGUAACAUCGUAAUAGCAGCUCAUUUAAUGAAAGCAAAUGUACAUUGAAGAGCUGUUUACCAGCCUCAGAUGUUAUCUGUAAGGGCAAAACUCUUGAGGAAUUUCUUGACUAAAAAGCUUUAUGAACAUUAACACCCACAAGUUAUAUCUAACUUUAUAUCAGUGGAAAAGCAGCAUAAACACAGUGUUUCAGACAGAGGCUGAAAUUAGGGCAUUCAUAGACGUCAGCAUAAGAUAAAUGAGGAGAGUUAUUCUGGGUUGCGAGCCAUGCAAAGCUGCUCUGAAGGUGUCCCAGACUGUCAAAGUGAAAGGUGAAAAUGAUUGUAAUAGGUCUUCUUUAAAAGUUCGACAGCCAUGUUAUCCACAAGAUUUCCAGCAUAUUUUCGAGCUCAGCUCACCCCUGCAUGUAUGAUUCAUGUUUGCCAGCGUCUUCCUUCAGCUCCCCCCCUGAUCCUUUUUCUCCUCCUGUUCACUCCCCACCAGGCGGAUCUGUUACCAGGAGGUCUCCCAGUGUUUCGGGGUUCUGUCCAGCCGGGUGGAGAUUCAGGACGUGAGCGGCACCACAUCUGCUGUGCGCCCCAGUGCAAGCACUCAGGUACUGUAGCCCCAUGCUGUUGUUUGCAUGAUAAACACCCAAAGGCUUGUUUGUUUUGCACUCUUAUCUAACCAGGCGUGCUGACUAAGAGCAUUAUUUAUAACAUUAACUGGAAGCCUGUCAAGACAACACAUGUCCUUUCCUGUUAGUCACUUAGCAUGUGUGCUGGAACUGCCUUGAAAUCUUAACACUCUUUGGUUCAUUGACUUUUGUCUCCAGAAAUGUAAUCUCAGUAUAACUGUUGCUCUUACUGGCUGAAAAUUAGCUCCUUAAAAAUAUAGUUUGUAAUAAAAACUGUAAUAAUGAUAAAAUUACACACUUAAUUUUUCUCCUUUUGUGUUUCAGCGCUCCUCCCGCAACAGUUUAGCAAUACAAAAUGCAAUGAACGAAAGCAGGGUGUCAUUUUUUAAAAAUGUUUCUACUCAAGCUAAAUUUAGCUGCAGGGAGAGUUUAAAUCAAGUUCAAAUUGAAUUAAACAUAAUCGUUUUUUGUCUAAUAUGCAGUCAAGGAAUUAGAAACAAUGGCAUCAGCUGCCAAGAAAAAAAUAGUGGGCGCAACAUUUAAAAGACAUUUGUACUUGGAGAGCUAAUCAGAAAGUCCUUUCAGGCAGAUUUACACUGACAGCAUGUGUUGUGUCCACUCAGCCCGGCUCUACAGCUUCCCCCAGGGGGACAGGGGCAUACUUUAUUUGGGAUUGUAUUUAUUGCUGCAGCACAAAACAAAGCCGAGCCAGAAGCCUCUCACCGAAAGACCGGAAAGAUGUUUACCUGAUUUUAAAUGGUGCACAUCUGCUGCUACAGAUGGUGCCGACUGUGCUGUCGAACUCGGGCAGAAAUAGAGAUUUGAAUUGCUUUACAGCUUUUAUUAGGUUUCUCUUCGCCUCUAUCUCUCCCUCCCGUCCUCUCUGAUAAAAUCGACAUCUCUUUGCAGGCUCUCUCCAGCAGCGUCAGCUCCAGCAAGCUCUUCCCCAGCAGCACUUCUCCCCACGAGACCUCCUUUGGAGAAGAGGUGGAGGUUCACAGUCUCCUCGUUGUGGAUCAGCACACCUUUGAAGGUGAGACAGCUGGAUGAACAUUUCUAUUUGAUCUUACAGAGCUGGUGCUUUCGUAUGGAGCCUCUGAUGGUGACAUAUUGUUCGCUCGGCUCGAAGAAUAACAAGGUCAGAGCGGGAAACCCUCUCCCUGUUAUGGUACUGACAGUCAUGUCUUAACUAAUAAGGGGUGCGAAAACAUUUCAACAGAUAAUCCUGAGUUAAUCUGCUUUUACACUUCAUGAGAUAAGCUUUUGUUUUCAUCAUAACUUAACGUCCAAAACUUAAGCGGGCUGUUAAGCAUCAUGCGGGCUCUCUCUGUGGCAAAUCCUACACUUUAAUAGAAGGUUUUUCCUCCACCCUGUUUUGCAAUGCAGAUUUGACUGCACCAGACCUCCCUAUGGAAACCAGAGAGUUACCACAUCUGCAUACAUUACAGUAUGGUGUAUGUUAAUGAUAUGUAAAUGAAGGAGUGUUUCAGCAAAACAUAUCCACAGCUGACUCCACUUUAUCAAUGUGUGAUCAGAUAACUGCUUAUUUAUGUGUCAUGGGAUUAUCAUCAAUCAGAUGUGGAAACAUCCUCAUGCGCAGUAGUUUAGUGUAUUAGUACACUAUAGAUGCUUAUCUGUCUGUCUGUGAACACGGUGCAUUGAUUCACGUCGCUGCGCUGGUUCCUCUUAUUGAACGAGAGAUGCAGGGGUCAUGCAUAUACAUAGUGGAACCAAUUUACAGCUUACAGCUACAGCCCAUGAAUCUGCUGUUGUUUUUAACAAGGCUUUGCAUUCUGCACUGCCUCUACUUAAUCAUCUUAAGCUAUGUCAACAAGGUUUUAAUGGAUGCCUAAUUUUCCCUCACGUCUUCAGGUAAUGGAACAUGUGAUUCACAGCCAUACCUUUUGCAGAGCGCUUUACUUCUUAUUUUUAUCGGUAGGCUCUUGUUUGCUGACUAAAUUAAGCCCAAAUACCUGGGAGAAAAAAUUUAAGCGAAACCAGAAAUUUAACUGAAACAAACCAGAGAGGGGGGGGGGUAUGAGCAAAUAGGAAAAUGUCUGUGCGGAGCUAAUCAGAGGGGAUUCAGUGACUGAGAACACCUGUUCACGUGCGCCAAAAUCAUUAAAGCCUUGACGUGGGAACAUGACAACUCUCAGUAAAAAAGGUGAGGAAACAUUCGUGAGCGCAGGUUGUACUAAAAUGACUGCAUUAGUUUUCAGGUAUAAAGAGGAAACUCACGUGUCAAAGUUUCAGUCACACAUGCUUUAAGUGCGUGUUCUCGUAGCAGUUUUGACAUCAUCACACUUGCCAGAGUUGUGAGUGCUCACAGUUCUCCUCAACAAGGUUUCUUUUCUUGGUAUAUGAUGUAGGGGAUGUAUAAAUGCAAGCACUUGUAGCACUUGUCAUGGUGUUCUUUCAAUCCAGGUGCAGAUGCAUAUAGAUCGGUAUACAUGCUGAACUACAGGUAAUUGAAACCAUAAGCCCCUCUCCCACAGACAGAUAGGGAAACAGGAGCGAACCACACACCCCGCAUACAUAGCCCAUCAUGCAGGAGGCUACUGGAGCAUCAGUUUCAGUAUCGUGACUUUCUCGACAAAUCCCCUCAAAACAUACUGAGCUCUAAUCCUUUUUAUCAGUGAUCAGUUUAUGCUGUGAACUCACACACAGUAACUACCUGUGAUCAUCUACCGCAGUGAGGGAGCAGAAAGUGCACUUAUUGAUGAGCACAGAUUGUGUCACCAUCAGGAGGAGAAAAUAAAAACAUAUCAAACCUUUUGCUCGGCCAUGAAAACCUGACUAUACAAGACUUAGAGUUUGCUAUCCUGUCUAAAUCCUAAAAACCUGGAGUAGCUGAUGUUCCGUGUCGUAACGUGGUGUGCGUAAGCUCGGCCCCACAAAGCUCUGACACGCAGACAGCAGAAGGGCUUAAAAACGAAACUGUGGUUACACCAAAACACAAUAAAAACCCAGCAUAGUUUAUUUUUAAGUAGGUCACCAUCGGGUCUGCCAAAAAAAUCAACUUGGAACAAAUAUUGAACAUGACAUGCAAAUGUUUGGAUGUGUUCCAAAUUUGCAAAGUCAUCGCUGACAGCGUUUGUCUGAGCCUCAGUCGUACCACACAUCUCCUCCUCAGCCGCCACUGCUGCACGUCGGUAAGAAGCCAUCAGGCGAGCCCGCAAAUCUAUCAUGAAGACAGCUGCUUAAUUCAAAGUUGACAAAGAGCUCCAUCUUUUAUUUUCACACCUGCGCUCUGAUCCCAGAAUAUUUCAACACUGAGUUUCUCAGAUGCUUUGGUGCUGUGAUUGUCCGCUCAGUGCUGCUUUGCUCGACCACAACCACAUUUACUGAGGUCAAGAGCGCACAGAUUGGCAAGCGCCUCCUGCUGGAUCAUGUGACAAACUACUUCAGGCGUACUUCUCCCCCGGAGUUCGAAUGAAGGUUCCAGUUUGUAAUAAAAUCUGACAGCCCUAGUGAUAAUGUUGUUAUGAGUGUUUACAUGUUUUGUGCCAAAUGAACUUCAGGGAUUCACUCACCAAACAGAAAAUUUGCAGCUUGGCGCUAAAUUGGUGCUUGGCUGUGUUAAUUUGAAACCCUGCAUUAUACUGUUUUUAUUUUGUUUUAUUCUGUGUGUCUUUGUUUCCAAUCCGGGUCGAACCAAACCCUUUUUUCCCCUGUCAGAACUCUAGAACAACAUGUGCUCCCUAAUUCGUCAUCAUCUUGAAAUCUCAUUUUUCUGGUCAUCCAUAUUGUUUCAUUCUUGCCCUGUGAGGCUUUGCUGCAUCAAUGUUUCUGCAGGUUCCUAGAAAUUCUAAAUCAAGUAUUUUUCCAUAACCAAAUGAGCUUUGGCUUGUUUUCAGAAACACAAUUUCAAUGGGGAAACUCUGUAAUAAAUCAGCAUCCUCAGUUUCAGAAUGCUUUGUGUUCUCCUGUGACCUCAUGUUAGGUCAGCCGCUGAGCUAGUCCCUGCCUUCGUCUUAUUGAUCCUGUUCUUAUCAUCCGUAGCCGUGCACAGCAUAAAAGAGGACAUGAGCUCAGAUUUCCUGAUAAAAACAUGAAGGGGCUUCCUGUAGAUAUCAAAGGAUUUACACUUCCUCAGAGGAAAGAGACUUCACUAAACCUCCUUGAGUAGUAUUUCUUAUUCCCUUUAACGGACUAAUAUUUGUGGAGCUGGAAAAUAGCUUUGCUGCUCUAUAAUCAUCACGGGAAGUACAUCAUUUUCUUGACUCAUAUUCUUUCUCUAUCACGCCACGGGACAAAUACUCCCACCCUAAUUAUGUAACCUGGGUUAUUGCCUUGAUUCACAGAGCCACCAGGGCAGUGUCAUAACUGUUGCAACAUUUGGACACCUGAGUACAACCACACUCGCAAAUGCACGCAUGAAACCCAGAGCUUACCCAGACCGUACCCUGAGGAGCUACAUGUGAGAACAUAAAUGCCAAAAACAAUCCAAGUGGACAUCAAACAGAUCUCAUCCCCCCAGUGUCCAAUGACCUCACGUGUGAACACAGCGGGCUAUUUUUACAGGACUGUCGACAAGUUUCUCCCUUGUGGAUUGUCUUUGCUUUCCUCUUUUUUAAGCUGAUUUUGCAAACCCGUCUAAUUACCCAUAAACAGUCAUCAGUAAAGAUGUGUCCUCUCUGCAGGAGCUCUAGCCUUGUCAAAUUAAAGCAAAGUAUUUUUAACAUGUGAGAACAUUUCUGACACAAUCUGCCAGUGACAUUCUGGCAGCUCACAUGAGAAAACAGCUGUAGUUUAUGGCUUGAAGGGAGUCUAAAUGAAGAGUGAAUCAAUAGUCACUACAAGAGUGGGGUUUUUAUUUAAGUUUAAGUUCCUGUGAGAUACUUUGUUUGUGUUAAUUUAGACAAUAAGGGCCUUGUCGAUAUUGUCUUGUAUGUAAGUGCAAAUCUGUGUUUUUUCUCCUCAUCCCGCUUUCUUUCAACCAUCAAGCACAUCGCUCAUCAUCAAUCUCGUCCUGUGGCAGAUUUCUGUUUAUCACCACUCAUCUGCAGCAGUUUAUGUUCCCUCAUUCUACUCAACAGAAAUGAUUAAGGCCAAUUAACAAUAAGUUUUCAUGGCCUUUUCCCCCCUCUAAACCUGUGCAAAUAAGACAAAAUGGAACCAUCUUAUUCAUGCAGCACAUGCAGAGACCACUUUUGUUUGUGUGCACUCAAAUGAGCCAUUAAUUCAUCUAUUUGAGGGAAAAUUACUUCAUGUGUUCAAAUGAGCUUUGUCAAAACUAAUUCCCAAACAAAUCUGCUGGUGAAUUAUCUAAAAAUAUUUUUUCCGUAAAUACAGUCUUACUCAUUACUACUACAGUGAUUGUCAGGAGUCGUUGCACAUGUGAAUGAGUCCCUCUCUUUGGAUCUGGUCCAGCUGCACCUGCAUAUGCCACUCAGAGCACUUUACAGUCGUAGUUUUACGAACAGUUGGAGCUAGAUUACUUAAUAAGACAUGUCACAGAUCCUCCAAACUCAUCGUCCGUAUGUGUAUAGAUAUGAAAUCUCAGGGUGAGAUUGCUCAGCGGAGAGCGGAGCUGCUAAUGGCUCAUUUCCACUAUCAGACACAAAGCCAGAUUAAACUGCAGAGAACCGAGAAUGUAGUGGGCGUGUGUGAGCUUGACUAUCAUCGGCCAGCUUGUUCUCGAGUAUGGAAAUCUCAGAUUCUCUAAGGACCCAUAAGGCAUCAUCUGAAAAUACAGCAUCUGGGAGUGUAGCAAUAGGCAAGGAACAAAGAACUUAACACCCUAACUUCCCUUUGUGCACCGACUUUGAUGGUCUGUUCAGAAACUUGAGAAAUGAGAAUGGAGUUGGAGUUUUGGGACAGUGGCUGCAGCAGAUAUCUGCUCAAACUAAAAGUGCUGUUGCAUGAAUGAUGAUGGAUCCAGGUUAGCAUCCCAGCGGAUUGCGUUCUGCCUUCUUUUACUCCCCUACACUGUUUUCUUGGCUGAUUUCCUGCGUACAGCCAAUACCCUUGGCACACUAGAGGACAAUUAUUCUCAGAAAAGGCCCAGAAAACCAACACACCUCCGUUUCUGAAAUCAAGCCCUGUGCCUGUAUUUUUAUGUAAAUUAUGUGCAUAUAGAUGAAAGACUGAGCGAUAUGUCUAUCAUGCGGUAAAAAUUCAGUAUUUGAAUUCUUUACACUGAAAGAAUAAAGUGGGAGAACAGACAAAAAGUACAUAAAAGAGCAGGUAAAUAUAGAUCCUUUUCAGGAGGAGAUAAAGAGUUCUGCAGUCUCAGCUUUUAAUGUAUGUGUUUUCUUUUCCCCUCAGUUCUACACGCCCAUCAGUUCCUCCCCAGCGAGUACGCACUCAGCAUGGUGUCCUGUCGUCUGGGAAAAGACCCAUCAGUGUAUUUCAUCGUGGGCACGGCCAUGGUGUACCCAGAGGAGGCUGAGCCGAAGCAGGGGCGCAUCGUCGUCUUUCACUACACUGAUGGUCAGUUAAUGAGCUUCUUUUAGCUUUCCCUGUUAACACGCACAAACUCAAGAGCAAGUUGGUGAUUUUUCUCUCAACUUUAUCCUGUUUCUCUCCUCGUCCAGCUCAUUCUGCUUUCCUGCCUCUCUCCUUCACACUGUUUCAUUUUCUCCUCCCCUCCUCUCUGCCCUGUUUGUCCUAUGGUGCUCUUGUUUCCCUCCUCACUUAAUCAUUCUCUUAUCUCUCCUCAUCAGACUUUCCUCCUCUCACCUCUACUGAUUCCCCUCAUUUUCUUUCAUACCUUGUCCCUCUCAAGGUGCAUGGUUUGCCUUUUAUUUACCCUCCUUUAGCUUUUUGUUCUUUCCUCCACCUUAUUCCCGGAGCCUCACCUCCCUUUAUUUCACUCUUUCCUCUGUCGCGUUCACAGUUGCAGAGCUGUACUCUGUGUUCUGCCUCACUGAGAUCUUGUAGGUGCUAGUUAAAGUUGACAUUGAGUGUGUAACACUUAAAUUGUUCACUGAACGGACAGGCUGACAGGCAUGCUGCUCUUUACCUGCAGGUAAACUGCAGACCGUGGCUGAGAAGGAGGUGAAAGGAGCUGUCUAUUCUAUGGUGGAGUUCAAUGGCAAGCUGCUAGCCAGCAUCAAUAGCACAGUAAGUGAUGCUUGAGAGUUCAGCAAGACGUAUACAGCACCUGACUUAUUUCUUUUUACCUUGCUUUUAUGUCGUACAAUGUGUGUACAAAUCUGAAGAGGAAAGUGCAGCUUGAUGUUUGAGUUUGUUUCAAGGUAAACUUUGAGGUGAGUCGAUUUGUCAGACGAUGUCUUUACUGCACUCACUGUCAGAAAGCCUGAAGUCUUGGUGGUGCACUUGAAAGCUUUAGUCUGAACUCUUGAUAAGGUGCUGACCACCGGCUUCUUUCAAGUGCACCUCCUGUCUGUGUGUCAAGAGGUGUUUUUUUAGUUCUGACGUAGUUGUGUUUACGCUGAACUAUUGACAUAGAUAGAUAUCUGGACAGAGAGAGCAUCAACAGCACUCGGUUAUUACUUUGGAAGACUAGCAGUUUUUUUGUUUCGACUGAGUAAAAAUGGUGACUGCAGUGUGAGGAUUUAUCUUACCUUAGUAUUAGGACUAUGAACAUCUAAAAUUACCAAAAACUGGAACCAAUACAGUCACAGUGAACUGGUUCAGACUGACAGGGAGUUUUAAACUGGUUUUGAAACAGACUGGAAUUAAAACCAAAACACACGCUGUUCAGUGCUGCUGCUUGUCCACUGCAUCCUGGUUUUUGGGGGUUUUGCCUCGUGCUCAUCUCCAAGAGCCAGAAAACCUUUUUCUAGUGAAAUAACAUAAACUGAAAAUCACCACUGAUUUACCUUGAAAAGAUAGGAAAUUACUCUUUUGUUUUAACACAAUGAGAGGUGCAAGAACAAAGUGAUUGGUUUUGAUAAAACUCUUCAUAAAACAAAUGAAUAAAUGAUGAAACAGAAGAGUGAAAACUUUUGAUUUCAUGUCACUGGAUUAGGUUAAGUCUUUCAACAAAUUCACUUAGCAUUAAAAUUAACAUGAGCUAGACACCAGUAGUAGAGUCAUUCAUUUGUUAUUUGUGGUGUUUUUACAUCAGAAGACACUGAACUCCACUCCUCUUGAACCUCAAGCCUUUUUCUCACCAGCCAGCCAACCUCUGGAUGACUUUUCUAUCUUUGAUUAUUAAAGGAGAAUGUGACCUGCUCAAGAGGAGAAGUGCCUCUUCAGUCUUUUCAAAAUACCAACAACCUAAUAGAUUUAUCCCACAUAGACUGCUCUGUGAAAUCACUUGACUUACAGUGUGAAUGAACCAGCUUCCCCCCUGACUGUCCUGUAAUGCCACGCUCAUCCACACUGAGCCAUAGAUGGAUUACAAGGAUUAAAAGCCUGAAAAGGAGGCUUUAUCUGGAGAUAUCGAGAAUCAAACAGUCAUGGUUUGCAGAUUUCUGGAACUAAUCUCAACGUCCAGUGAUUGAUUGGUUACCACUUCCUCUCUGUAUCAUUUUUAACAAAUCACUUCCCCCAUAAUUCCUCAAAAUACACUUCAGAAUUACUACUGAGGACUUCAACUUGUGUUUCCUGAAGCAGCAGCAUCACCACAAUCAUCAGAACCGAUUAAUCAAACAAGUGAUAACUUGACAGUUUUACCAUCUGACGUUGGCCUCAGUGGAUUACAAUACAUGACUGAGGGGGAACGUCGCACCAUUUACUCGGAAAAUGCUUUUUCACUUCUUAAAUAUAAAUAAUAUAUAAUAUUAAAUAUAUUUUUUUUAUUUUUUUGUUGCAUUUUUUGUCUUUAUUUUAUUAGAUUGGACGACUUAAGAGAGAACAUGGAACUAAAACACCAACUAGGCACACACUUAUGAAAUAACAUGCCUGACUUUUUUCAUAUCGUGUCCAAAUGCCUGUAAUAAAAAUUGUGUCUGUCUAACUGUUACCAACAAUUUAAAAUUAAAGACAGAACAACAGUUUAGGAACAAACAGCAUUAAAAACACUUAAACAUAAAAACACAUCUGUUUUUCACCCACCCUGCAGUCAAUUUCUGGAUAAAAUAUGUAAAUAAAAUAUCUUGCAUAUCCACAUCUUGAUGGCUUAUCUUUGCACUAAUUACACAAAAUAACCCUCCAUCCUUACUUAAUUAUUCGAUCACUUCUUAAUCACCCUUCCCUGCUGACUGUGGCAAAAAGAAGCAUUUCUGAUUUUCAUUCAUAUCACCUUUAUUCGUUUUAAUGAACAAUACAUGAAAUAAAUAGCACAUUAGUUUUGAGGUUUUCAGGUGGACUGAAAAUUCCAGUUUCAGCAAAAUAAAUAAGAACGUGUGAGUGAAGAUAAGAUUUCCUGCUGGGAAAAUGAAGCAACAAAAUGUACUUGAGAAAUAAAUAGGUUUCAGGUCAGUGUGUGGGGUGUACAUAUUGAUGUACGCAUAUAGUCAGUAAAAGUAGAGGGAUCUUAUUUCUAUGAUGCUGCGAAAGAAGAUACUGCCUAAGGAAGGCUUCUUGACUAAAAGGAUUGAUAAAUGAAAUGCAGUAAUGGAGAGCAUUAGAAGAAAUAAAAGACAGAAAUCAAAGUAAACACAACACAAUAUGCUUUUUUCUCACACUUGAAGGAAAGGGAGGUAAGAUGUACUUAAAAUGAAGCUUUGAUAAAGACAAGCAAAGUUAUACAAGCCUCAUAACAUAAAAAAGCUCCACAUUCAAAAAAAUCAUCCUUUUGAUUUCCACCAACUUGUCCAACGCCAACUAGCUUUUCAUUCAGAGAUCAAGUAUAGACAUAAAAACACAUUUGUCUGUUCCUUCGUUCUAACACCGCGGAGCUCUGAACUCUGGCAAAGCUGGGAUGUUUGAUCUUGUACUACCAUCCUGGCGAUGCUUUCGACAUCUCUCUCACAUCAGGAGGAGAGAUAACAGAUUUCACAGAUCAAACCGUCACCUCUCCAUCACUGAGUCAGCCCAAAACCAUUUUAAAGAAGUCUUAGAAGGUGCAGACAGUGUGAAACGGUGGGUGUAAUUAGCCGUUAACUCUUGGCGUAAUGUGGCAGCUGAUGGCUCAGACGGUUAAUCAGCACUUCAGCCUCACUCAGGCUCAUCUUAUCCAGAGUGAUAGCGACGCGGCGCCAAGGUGUCAGCCAGUUCAUCAAACGCUGCUGAGGCUAAUUGCCGAUCUUCUUCUUCCUGGCUGCGCGCGCCACAACAAAACAAUCACUCACCUCUGCUGUUUGUUUCAGGUCCGUCUGUACGAGUGGACGGCCGAGAAAGAGCUGAGGACCGAGUGCAACCACUACAACAACAUCAUGGCUCUGUACCUGAAGACCAAAGGAGACUUCAUUCUGGUGGGGGACCUGAUGCGGUCCGUCUUGCUGCUUGCCUACAAACCCAUGGAGGGCAACUUUGAAGAGGUCAGACAUGAGAUAGACUUCAGAGUUUCAUAACUGUAAAAGCCAAAAGUGAUAUUUAAGUGGGUCGCUGUAAACCUAAAGGCUCUGUUAAAACAAAUUAAGGCUUUCACUUUGCUGCUCAUUUUUUGGGAUUCAUAUUCUUACGUGCUGAGAUACCAUCACACUUCAAACAAACAUUUAGUCAGAGUCUGUUUAUCCACACUUAAUAUCUCUUUGGUGUGUAGAUGUUUUCUCCCUAUAUGCCAAGCAUUGUGGCAGACAUAUACCUCCCAGCAUUUUGGAGAGCCGAGUGUUCAAAUUGAUUUGCGGUGGAAAGAUGAAGAGAUUUGUGGACGAGUCACGCACACUGUUGAGCACAUGCUGCGGCGCUGCGCUCAGUGUGAUAAGUGGAGGGAGAGCAGGAAAAGGGCUUUUUGAAAUUAUUCACAAACAAAACAGACCUCAGAGUUGCACAGACUCUAAGAUGGAGAGCAGUUAUUAAUUUGUAACUUUGAGACAAAGUUGCUGUGCAUCAAGCCAAACUCUGUUUCCACUGACUUUGGUUUAUUUGGGUUGGUUUAAGAGCAGAGUAUAGAAAGGAGGCACUAUAUGGAAUUUCUUUAAGUGUGCAAGCCCGUCCUAAUAACUUACAACAUGGUAUCUCACAAUAUCGAGUACACUCCUCACAUAUCUGCAAAUAUUUAAUGAUAUCUUUUCAUGGGACAAAACUGAAGAAAUGACACUUUGAUACAAUGUGAAGUAGUCAGUGUACAGCUUGUAUAACAGUGUAAAUUUACUAUCCUCACAGCCAUUAAUGUGUACAGCACUGGCAACCAAUGUGAGUACAGCACUAAGUGAAAAUGUCCAAAUUGGGCCCAGUUAGCUAUUUCACCUCCCUGGUGUCAUGUCACUCAUUAGUGUUACAAGGUCUCAGGGGUGAGCGGGGAGCAGUUGGGUUAAAUUUCUUUCUCAUACCGGUCACUGGAAGGUCAAAGUGGAACCUCAUGGCGAAGAACUCUCUGAGGAUCUGAGUAAUUGUUGCUCCGCAUAAGAGAUGGCUGAGGCUAGAAGAAGAUCGCCAACACCCUGAAACAGAGCUGCAGCAGAGUGGCCAAUAAGGCUGGGCGAUAAACUCAAAAUUUACCGAUAACAAACUUUACGACAAUAACUGACAUUUUGCCCAUGUCAAUAUAUUCGGUGUCAAAAAAAUAAAUAAAAGUUGUUGUUGAUGUGUGUAGGAAGGCUAUGGUCUCAUGUCCCUUUAAGACGCUGUCCUACGUCAGAGACGUGACUCCACCCCAUCCAACAAGAGGGAAAGACAGGCAAGGAGAUGGAGGACGUUCAAAAGUUGUACUGGCUGGAGCGGCUGAAGUAGACGAAGUCAAUGUGAGAGGGAGUGAGCAGCUUGUGGAGUAAUUAUCAUCCAUUUAUUGUUAUCGAGGUGAACUGCUCACAAUAUUGUAAUAUUAAUUUGAGGCCAUAUCGCCCAGCCCUAUAUGCCAAGACCACUAACAGGUUCUACUCAGAACAGGCCUCAACAUGGUCGACAGAAGAAGUUGCGCAUGUUCAGAGUCAUAUCCAGAGGUUGACUUUGGAUAAAAGUUGAUAAGUUCCGGGAGGAAGCUUCUUCUAAACAUGAUGCUCAAGAAGGCCUGUUUACUUAAGACAAGCAGAUGUAGGCCAUGGGCUACUGGUACCACUUCCUGUGAGACCAAGAUAAAUGGUUCAGAUGGUGUCCAGUGUGCAUGGCAGCAACCAGGCGAGGAAUACAAAGACAAGUGUGUCUUGCCUACAGUCAAGCGUGGUGGUGGGAGUGUCAUGGUCUGGGGCCGCAUGAGUGCUGCCAGCAGCGGGGAGUUCAUUGAGGGAGCCAUGAAUGCCAACAUGUACUGUGACAUACUGAAGAAGAGCAGGAUCCCCUCCCUUCAGAAACUGGGCUGCAGGACAGUAUUCCAACAGGAUAAAGACCUCAAACACACCUCAGAGAUGAUCACUGCCUUGCUAAAGAAACAGAGGGUAAAGUUGAUGGACUGGCCAAUCGUGUCUCCAGACGUAAACCCUUUUGAGCAUCUGUGGGGCAUCUUCAUACAGAGAGCAGGGGAGCACAAAGUCUCUUACUUCAGAGGUUCAUGAGUCCAUAGUAAAACUUAGAUCACUGAUCUUGUUUCGACUCAGAAUACCGCCCCAAAUCCUGGUAAACUUUCUGCGGCUCUAAAAUCAACUCUGGAGCAUUUGCCUUUUUUGUGCCAGCUGCUGCUUCAUAUUUCAUCAACACAUCUUUUUUUUUGGAAUGACAACUCUCUAACUUCCUAUCAAACAGGUGGCAUUAAAAUUUGAGGACAUAUUCCUCUCCUCUCAGAAUACUCAGCCCAUGUUUUGCAAAGUGCAGUUGUGUUAACCCUCUCUCAAAAACCAGCAAAACACCCACACAAGAGACCUCUUUUUUUCUCUCAUUAUUUUGAUCUGGCUGUGCUUGUUCUCUGAAAGUAAUGGUGAAUCGAAACCGUUGAAUGCAGCUUUUAUCAGCUGAUAAAAAUCCUUAUUCUGGCCCUAAUACUCUGUCUAAUGUGCAACCAGAAACAAGAAACAUCAGUCAGAAAACUUUAAAACCAAAUAACUUUGUAUAAUAUGUAAUAUCACUCUGUCUACAGCAUGUAAAGGAUAUAUACAGAAGAAGAGCUGUCUGUUUUGCAUGCGCACAGCCUUUAUUGUGAUGAAAUGUUCUUUUUUUCCCCCGACUAGGACCUUGCAGGUCAAAAUGUUGCAUUAAAGAUGGUGAGAAAUGAUGUCUUGUUCAUUAUGUGUGCAGACAGUUUCUCCUGUUCUCUUCAGUAUAAAGUGAAAAAAAAAUCUUCUUGUAUUUUUUUCAAGCCAAUAUCAUUAACAGGCAAACUGACUGUGGUUUGAGAUGCUGCUAUAUACCUUAUUUACCUGUAAAGUAAUGAGCUGCAGCAGAGUACAGGCACAACCUUUUCAAACAGAUCAUAGCGCUAAAUUGUGUUUAUUUUUCUUCACAAACUCUGACAAAUAGAGAGAUGUUCAGUGGAUGCAUCUCUUACGGUGAGGCAAACAUCAUUAAGAGUUUCCCAGCCUGUUAUUUGCAUUAAAACAUGUCGACUACGUCUGAAUUUCAGCAUUUAGUUUGACCUAAUUUCUACCCUUUGCCCGUGGAUAAUACAGGAUUUACUCGUAGAUCGGAACUAUACAGACCUUGACCUUGUCUUGUUUACCGUCCACUCCAUCACGUCUCAUGUUUUUCUCGGUCAGAUCGCACGUGACUUUAAUCCCAACUGGAUGAGCGCUGUGGAAAUCCUGGACGACGACAACUUCCUGGGGGCAGAGAACGCCUUCAAUCUGUUUGUCUGCCAGAAGGACAGGUGAGAGAGACAUGAUGUCCCAUUGUACUCAGAGCGAGAGCUGCGAUGAGAUUUUCUGCUGAUGAAUUUCAACCUUUCCCACACUGAUUGCAGCCCCCUCAGCUCCUUCAUUGUUGCCAAAAUGUCAAAAAGUUUCUGACUCACCUGGAAUUAUCCCCUCAAAUCCCCGUUAUGUCAUUACAGAGAGUCUCAGGACACUCUCCAGAGCAGCAUCAUUGAUACAAAUGUGGCUUAACAGCAUUGUCCUUGCAUCUGUUGUGGAAGUUAUGAGUCAUCUCACCACCACCACUGAGCUUUUAGCCGCCCAGCUACAUCUCCCAUUUUAGUCAUUUUCUAUUAGACAAGUGUUGAUUUCAUGGAAAAGGAAGAAAGAUGUGGUCUAAAAUUGAGUGUGUUGCAUUAACGCCACCGCCUAUUAUCCCUCUAAUACAUCAGGUCGGGCCACUCAAUGCUUUUGACCUUUAUUUUUGUAUCACAUCUUUCUUCCUGCUGCUCUCUCUUUUUUUCCUUUGGACUUUUUCCCAUUACCUCUCAAUUACUCUCUGACCUUUUCUAAAGCUGCAGAUAUCUUUGCUCCUCUUGUUUGUCUUUUGCUUAAUCUAUCAUUCUUGGUACCUAAACAUUUCCAACUUUGCCUUAGACAUCUCUUCUUCUUUUCCUCUCACUUCAUUUGAUCUCUCUCCUUUCCAUUCGCUCGUGUACAACCUCCCCCCUUUUAUCUCACAUGAUCUGUCCCCUGAUGUUUUUAAUCUCUCCCUCUCUCCUCUUUCCAUUUCUCUCCUGCUAUCCUUCCCGUGGUCAGCGCUGCCACCACAGACGAGGAGCGACAGCACCUCCAGGAGGUGGGGGUCUUCCACCUGGGGGAGUUUGUGAAUGUCUUCUGUCACGGCUCACUGGUGCUGCAGAAUCUGGGAGAGAGCUCCACACCCACCCAGGGCUCGGUGCUCUUCGGCACCGUUAACGGCAUGAUUGGUAGGCACAUGGACAAUUUAACACUCGCUCAAGCAUUUACAUGCACACAAACAUCGCUGAAGGUAGAGCGGCUGCUGUGUUUCUCAUCAGUUUCUCACCCACAACAAUAACGAGAUAUCACAAACACUCAAGUGUUCAAACCUACUUAUUAAAAGACUAGUGCAAGAUUUUGCAACUACAACCAUUUGUGUCGUUGCAGGUACCCACUAUUCAUAAAAGACGCCCAUAAACUUCCCUUUUGAGACUUUCAUGGCUGUAGAUUUUAUACUUUCUGUGAGGCUCGAGUCAGCUAACAACUUGCCUUGCUUAGCACAAACUCUUGGAACCGGGAGAAACAGCUGGCUGGACUCCAUGAAGUUAAAAGGUUACCUAUUAAAGGAGACCUAUUAUUCUCAUCUGUACUUUAAUACACACUGUAAAAUCCAGUCUAUAAAAUGUACUAUAAAAGUCCUUUUUGUUAUCUAGACAGUGAGCCAGUCUAAACAGCAGAGCAGCCGAUAUACCAAUAUAUCUGUCUGAUGAAAAACACGUAUCUCCACUUCAAGCGUUCUGGACUUUUUUCAACACAUGCAUGGUCCAUAAUAUUCCCUAACAACCUGUAGCUUUGGGUAUCCAAAUGACCAAAAGAAAGACAUUUUAUAACAUCAUCUUUCCAGCACAUAUCUCCACUGGGUGUCGGAAGUGUCAACAAAGCACGUACCUCCCGCCCUGGCCCUGUGUUGUCAUGUCAGCAAACAGACUUUACACUGUGACGGACUCACUACAGUCCAGAGUGAUGCUACACUGAUGUCCUCACACCGACUGAUGCCGACCUAAAGCUUUUUUUUAACCAUGACAGUGUUGCUUACCCGUACGUUUGAUUUCUUCAGCCGAAUUCAUCGCCAGGGGGGAUUUGCCUCCGCAGAGGCAAAGCUGCUGCUAUUUUCUCUCUCUCUUGUUCGCAGACACUGGUGCAUGUUAAAUUGGUAGCCACGACUCAAAAAGGUUGACAACCAAUGUGGAAAUGUAGGAUAGCUCUCUAUCUAUCUACUUGUUAAUAACUCGUACUCGUAAAUAAUCAAACGUCAUUGGAGCACAUUAUUAAAAAACACAUUUGUCCACUAUCACUCACAACGCAAAGCACAUAAGUCUGUUUAAAAUAUCAAACUGGUCACUGAUGACUGUAAAUGCAGAUUUUAAUUUCGGGUCCUAAUUGUGUUUAACCACAGUGUUUAGGUUUUAUUCUGUAAGGUAGUUUAUGAAUAAAACUGUUUUUUAAUGUUCCUGAAAAAAACACCUUUUGGAGAUAUAUGUUUUUUAUUAGUAUUGUAUCGCAUUAUGAUAUCUUAGAAAGACGAUAAUAUUAGAUUAAAUAUAACUUCAUAUGUCCUUUUGCGAAGGUUCCCUCAAGGAAAUUGAAAGGUGGAUAUUUAUUAAUGGAUGUUAAAGAAGACAAGUCCAGCCCCACUUUUAAAAAGCUGUACACCCUCAUUAGGUCAUAACCAUGCACAUACAGAAAAGUAAGGUCUAGUGUUUGGUUAAGGAAUCAUGUGGAGUGCUGGUUUGAUUGAAAAGGCGGACAGUAGAUUCAGCAAACUGGUAGCCAUCAAAUAGGUACUGCUUGUAGGAGUUAAAGCUCGUGUAUUCCCAUGGUCCAUCCAUACGUGACAACAGAAACACUGCCUCUACACUUUGUGGACUUAGUAGAAAGUUAUAGAAGUCUUCAGAAUGAGAGACAGGCCUUUUUCUCUCAAGACACCACCCACAAUUUACAAUUUAACAUAUCAAGACUUGACCUGAACUUGACAUUCGACUCUGCUGUCUUACUAAGACAUGUUGGAGGAAAUGCCCACCAAGCAGCUCUUUCAAGGACACACCCGCUCAGAGGUUCUCUCACAGUUUCCUCCUCUGGAAAGUCCAUUUCACUGCUGUUGAUUGAUACAUGUCUCAGAAAGUUGCUCAGAAGUGUUGUGAAAGAAAGUCACAGAUAUUAUUUUCUUUCCGAUGGAUAAGUCACCAGACGAGCAGGGGGAGUUUUUGUGUUGUUGUUUGGGAAAAUAACAGUCACUACAGAGCUGUUUGUGCCCGACACUUCACUAACGACUCCUUAAAGGCCAGUAUGAGCAUGACUCGCUUAAUCUGGAGCUGCUUCAUCUAUAUAAGUCUUUCGUGAAGGCUCAGAAACCACAGUCUGAAAGUCACUUUAACACAUAAGUUAAUGUAACAGCAGGAGAGACAUGGAGUGCAAACACGCCAGUGGCUAUUCUCAGACAUACAAAGCUGUGCAAAAAGUAACACCCACAAGCUGUGUCUUAAAGAUUACUUUGUCAACCGCAAAAACAACCUAUUCUUGGCCCCAUGGUCAUUUGUGUCCAACUAAAUGACAGUUGUGGUUUGUUUCUGACAGUUUUCAGUGCCCACAUCUCUUGAGUUCAGCUUGAAUCAGUUGAGAUGAAGUAUUUGUCAAACUCACCUAACUGAAAGAUUAUAUUUAGAAACUUCAAAGCUGUCUUCAUCUCCAAGUACAGUAUGUCUGUUGCUGAGGAGAUGCUUUAAAAUCUCUUCAAAUUGUUAUAUUUUCCUCUUUUUCAGAAAAAAAAGUACACAACUGGAGCAGAACACAGUCUGAAAAGUUUAAAGUGAGCUAUUGUUAAAGUCACUUUUAUUGUUCUCAUACCUACCUUAAAAAGCUUCCUCUCUGCAAAUUGAAGAAAAUAAACCCAACAUUUGGUUUUAAACCAUUAACCAAGAAAAAUCCCCCCAUCCAGUUUUACAGUUUGAGAUAUGAGUUUUAUCGCCACUCCGAGACAGCUCUCAUGUCUAGUUUUUCCAAUAAUCAGCUGCCUGCAGCAAAGCAGACCAAUUAGGGAGUACACAAACUUUUGUCUGAGCCAUUUAUUCUGAACCAAUGUUUCUGUUUGAAGAGGCGAGAAGAAAAAGAAGGGAAAUUAUAUUUUUUUACACCUCAUUACUCAGAUUUAAACUAGUAACUUUCAGCCUGGCAGUAAUGAUGGCAAAGAUGAAAAGUACAGAGAGCUCAUCAUUUGGACACAGUAAUUUACACCAUGUGCUCACCAAAGCGCUGACACACAGCGUGUUAUUUCACCUCAACACCUACUGUAAUAUUUUAGAGUCCCAGAGGAAAGUUUAACUGAAAAUGAGAAUGUUUUAUCUCCCAGUAAAAAGUUUAAAAUACUAUCUCAAAAUCAUAACAAGCUGCAGCGUAAUAAAGAAAACAGCUCUCCAGACUCAAGCUGCUCAAAGUGGCAAAUUAGAAACUCACAUGAAUAUUCAGUCGAAAGAACAGCAAGUGGACAAACUGAACAAACUUCUCAUGGACUUGUUUUGAAUCAUGAACCGGGUCCUUGUGUGCAGGACAGAUUAUCAGACAGACAGGUAUAUGAAACAAGACUCCAACCUGAUAUGGUGAUAGUUACAGCAGUUUUAUCUACAAAGCAGAUUUCAGAAAAAACACACUAACAGUUUCUUUGAGUCACGAAUCAAAUCAAAGAAAGCAAACUCCAUCCAACAUACAUCAGACACACCACACGGCAAUUAAGCGUAAAAAAAUACAGAAUGAUCAAAAACGAGAAAAAGAUUGCUUUACAAGCAACCAACCAUACAAGACAUCAUAUUUACACGCCCACAGAGCUACUGAGUGAAUAAAUGAGUGUUUAUCAUGAUGAUCAAACACUAUAGAACUAAAGCUUACAGCUUGUGUGAAUACUCAGCUUACAAAAAGCAAAAUUAUGUAAUUCUGCGUGUCUGAGCCGGUCCAAUUUAUAUGAUAAAACACAUAAUCAAGAGGGGGGUUUCUUUUUAUUCCGUACAAUCCAUCAUAUUACACCAGCAGCACGCUACAAUAACAAUAACAACAGCUGAUUCACUCUGAACUAUCGUCAGUUAUUAUUUUUUUGUUGUUGUAAUUAUCAAUUGGUUUAUAUUUGAAGACCUUUUUAAAAUGCUGCAAUUUUAAUUUAUCACUAAGGUCGUUUCAUAAUUAGAUUUUUAUAUCAGUUCUCACUUUACAUUUUUUUCUGUUAGGGAACAAAACACACUUAGCUCUUCUCAUGUGGUUUAAUGGUGAUAUACUGUGUGCUGUAGUGCGUGUAUAUCAUGCAUUUGUUAUGUUUUGUGUUAAUUAUACAUGCAUUUAUUUUUCUUGUUUUUUAUGAUCAUUCUCGUUUAUAUUUGUUCAUUAUUUAAUUUCAGUGCUUUCAUAAUGAAGUACAGCAUCUUAGCUUCAGGGGAAAUGCUGCUCUAUCAUCCAUGAACAUACUUCAUAACUGUGUCCAUACAAAAAUACCUGGAAAUCAGAAUACAAAACUACGAUUAGACUUGUAGUUUUUCGUGAAAGAUUUAACCAAGAACAGUUUUUUGGGUUAUUUUUUCAAAUGAAUCAUUAUUACGAAGAGUCAACAGAAGAUUUAUUACCAGGGAAAUUCAUGGUUCCUGCGGCUCUGCCAACUUCCAUAUGGUCCCUGUCAGUUUGUCCCAAAACUCAAACACUUCCUCGUGUUCGUGUUCAGGAAAACAUGAUCUGCAUUAAAACCUUUGCAGCACAUUGUUCAAAAACGUUUGUCUCUUUUUGUGUUCUGUCAAAUCCAGCAGAGAUCUUUUCCCCAGAGCAUCUCCAUAAUGCACUCUCUGUCUCAGAAAUGGCUUUUUCCCUUUUUUUCUUCUUUUUUUUUUACAUCGAAGAAAGCACGUUAUUAUUUUAAAGCCUGUGGCUCUUCAGAUUUAUGAGGAAAUUACCCUAAAAAGAAAGCCUUUUUAAAGCAGCCUUGAAUUAUUGACGUAUUCAAAUCACACUACUUUACUCCUUACAUAGUGCCACUAUAUGUGCAUGAAAGUUGCAGGAGGAGGACUGCAGUCACACUAAUGAUCUGUUAGUUUAUUUAUUAUGAAGCUUUUAAUGCCUCUCUGCUGACUGGAGCUGUGGUUUGAGGGGUUAUAAUUUUUGUUUCCCUUUUCUCCUCAAUGCGAUAUCCGAGAAAUGAGGGUAUUUCUCUGGUUUUGGCACAAAUGUCCUCGUGGACGACCUGACUAGAUUUUGGUGGUCAGAGGACAAAGUUUGGUUCAGCUGCGUGCUCUCCUCUCUCUGUAGUAUUGUGUCCUUAUAUCAGUGCUCUGCUCUUGGAUAAUGAACAGUCUGACUGAGAAGGCAGCAAGUUUCUCAAAGUGAUUUAUGCACUCAUAUUCAAGAUGUCAACAAAUUGAUAAAUCCCAAUUCACCUUAUAAACAUCUAAUGUAUGUUGAUGAAAUUUCUCCAGUCUUUCCUGCAUAUUACAUUAGUGCAGGUAGACAGAUAUCAACUGCAAUGUGACUGGUCGGCAGCCAAGCAAAUAUCAUGACGGUUUUAAUCUACUUUGAGUUCUAUUUUGGAUCUAGUUCAAAACCUCUUCCUUUAUUUAUGUUAAUGAGAAAUAAAAAGUAUCAACCAUCUGCCAAAGAGAGAUGCAAAUCUGUUCCGACUGCUACGCCUUCAAAGAAACACUUGUUUGUAUUGCUGAUUGAUGUGUUUGCAUUUGUGUGUGCGUGUGUGUGUUUUUCAGGUCUGGUGACGUCCCUGUCUGAGGGCUGGUACAGCCUCCUCCUGGACCUGCAGAACCGUCUCAACAAGGUCAUCAAGAGUGUGGGCAAGAUCGAGCACAGCUUAUAUCCUUUUUAUAUUCAGACGUACAUUACCAUCUGUCACCCAGACUGAGACGAGCUGCACUGACAGCUGUGGUGGACUUGUGGGCAGUGAGCCCAGAGAGUGACAGAGUGAUUACAGCCACUUUAAAUGGCACUGCAGGUGUUUCAGAGACGUCUAAUGCAUGGAACAGUCUGGAAGGAGCUACUUUGUCUCAUAACAUGACGGUUAUUUGUGCAGGAAACUGAAACUGUUAUACAGGAAAUCAAUCAAUCAAGAAGUGUUAUCGAAAUAUUUUUUUUUUCUCCGCACACGAAUUCUCGACAGUUUCUUGAUUAUUUUCAGGGAUUUCCUCUCAAAUUUGUAUCAUUGUCAGAGCGUCAGGGUUACACACACCCCCACAACUGUAAAUACGAGUCUGAGGAUGGAAGUUUCUAAAGUUUCUAGGUUUUAGUGACGACAACAUGUCAAAGUUUUCCAGACACAAACACACAAGAACAGGAAAUAAUGUACACACAAAGCCCAAAAACUCAGAUUUAUCUCAGCUGAAAUUUGGAUGUUACAAUUUCUCUGAUGUAGAUUGUUGGCAGAAAGAUGUGUGCUUCAGUUUAAAUAUAGUAAUUAACAGUACAAAAGGAGGUAUUAUGUAAAAUAGAUAAUUAUAUUUGCAAGAUAAUACAAUAUACAAGAUAAAGUCAGUACACUCCCUAUUACAAGUAAUGUAUUGCGCAAUAUCUAGAUGAGCAAAAGUACAAUUUCCAAAGUUUUGACAAAGCUGAGUUUAACAUCACAUUUUAUUUACCAUAAGAUGGAAAUAAGAAUGAUAUGGUGACUAAAAUUUAGCUUUGCUCCCAGAACUUUGAUUGGGGUGUACUCAAUUUUUGCAUCCCGUUUUUAAACUUUAAAAAAUACUUUUUUGUAUGCAAAUUAAAAAAUCUUAUUUGCAAUCAAUAGCAUACACCCAGGGGAGUAUUUUGAUGUAUAGUCUCACAUAGAAUGUGUUAAUUUUAAAAAGGAAACUAAAGGUUUUCUGACAACUCUGAAGGGGUUUACUCAUUUAUGCUGAGCACUGUAUGUAGUAGAUAUUGGACUGUGGUAAUGCAGAAGUGAGUACAAAUAUGACAGAAAACACGCAUGCAAAUAAAAACCCACAAAAAUGCGCAUCGGUUAAAACUAAAUGCUGUGGAUGGGUUUGUAUUAUUUGAAUAUUACUGCUAAUAUUGUUAAAUUAGAAUGGAUAAUCAUAAAAGAUGAGUCAAAAAAUACAAAAUUAAAUUUUCCCUUUCAGCAGAAAAGACCAUUUUGCACUAUCCCUCCAACAUAAAACGGUUUUAAUGUGUAAUCUCCAGCCUGAUAUUACUGAAGUCUUUAGUUAAUAGGAGUGUGAUAAAAGCUGGGUGAUUAGAGUUCACUUUUGAAGAAACUAUUCCCUGAAUAGCUUUUAUAAGGCUUCAUAAAAGAGGCAGGAAGCCUUUUUCUUUUAUGAUAUUUUUGGGCCGUUUUUUGUCUUUUUUGAAAGAACACCGAUCAAUAAAGAAAAGCUGUGAAUGUGGAGAAGGGAGAAUGGGAGAUGACAUACAUAAAUGGUAGCGGCUGAAAGGCUGACCCGCGAUCACAUUAAGGGUUAUAGUCUCUACAUAUGAGUCGUGCACUUUAAAUAACAAGUUAAACUGGGACCAUGAAAGGCUUAUUUUGAUCAACAGUUAGCCUGUGUGUCAUUUAUAAAGGCCAGUGUUUAUCAAACGUUACCCUGGAUCUAUUUUUUUUAACAGUGGUGUGAUCCAAAAAAGGGUUUUGGCGUUGACUUCGACACCCACAUCAGUCACUGUGAUUUUUACUGUAAUGGUUGUGUUCUCUAUCAUUUCUGUGUUUUUUAUGAUCAAUCUUCACAACUAUAGUAAAUUUGAGGACAGGGGGAAAAAAAGGAAGUCCACUUAAGUAGUUUUCUAUUUAGAUUAAACCUUCAAAGGUAUAAUUUAGAAACGACUCCAAAAAUCAAAGGUGAUUACUUUAUAUCAAGACGCUCCGUAUAAAAAUAGUUUGCAUUAAACGCCAUCUUCAGGCUGUACACCAGCUCUCUGCGGGGUCAGUGUUUUCCAUAUGAGAUCCUGAUAGGCUGACACCACCAGCCACCUGUUUAUAUGAGCACAGCUGCAUUUAUAGGACUUCUUAGACUUCAAGCUGAAUAUUUGUUGACUUAGUCAGAGAUAAAAUAUGUGAUGGUGUAGCUAAAGUGCAGUCCUCAGGAAAAGCAGCAGCCUUGAAUUGAUUUUUCCUUGACCUGUUGGCACUUGGAGGUCCUUUCACACCGAACGGAAGACGGAGCAGGCCACGGGAUUCAUCGAUGGGGAUCUGAUUGAGAGUUUCUUGGAUCUGGGCCGAGCUAAGAUGCAGGAGGUGGUCAGCACUCUGCAGGUAGGCGCUUAUCUCUAUUCACAGCCGCACUUAUAUAUGUUGCAAGAGAUGAAAUAUGAGUCUUGCCUUUCCUGUAAAUCUUUUAUCCCUCCCCGCUAGCUAUAGCUGUGUCUAGAGGCGCAAUGUUUUUAGGUUUUCUGUACAUCUUUCCAUUUAUAGGUCUGAUUCUUUUGACAAGGUCAUCUGAAGAAAGCCUUAGGGCAGUGGUUCUCAAGUCAAGUCCUCGAGGCCCCCCGUCCUGCAUGUUUUGGAUGUUUCCCUGCUCCAACACACCUGAUUCAAAUGAUCAGCUCGUUAUUAAGCUCUGGAAUGGCUUAAUAACGAGCUAAUUAUUUGAAUCAGGUGUGUUGGAGCAGGGAAACAUCCAAAACAUGCAGGACAGUGGGCCUCGAGGACUGGACUUGAGAACCACUGCCUAAGGGGACAUUUGACUCCAACUUCCUUUGGACUCAAGGUUAAAUUGAUCUAAUUAAUGAGUUGACAGCUCAGGAUCACUGUGCCUUCUGGGAAAAAAAAAACACCUUAGCUUAUUUCUUACAGUGUUAAAUUAUUAAAUAAUACAAACUAAAUAUAUCUUAUCCUAGAGAUCAAGUGUGUGUACAUGAGUAAUCGAACCAAAAAGAUAAGCAAACACGGCGAAGAAAUGACAGAAACUUUGCGAACAGACUUAAAAAUGUCCACAGAGGAGGAGGACUUGAUUGAAAAAGGUGAGCUACUUCAUAGCUCUGAGGCUGCUACAGCAACGACACGGUAAACCUUUCCUUUUAGCUUUGACUAAGGAACAGCUGGUGGGAUGAUCUCAAAGCUCUGCGGAGAUGUGCUGUGUGAAGCUUUAAAAACAAACAAAAACACCUUAAAAAUCAAUCCUGACCUUGAUCGAUGUCGGCGUCGUGACAAAAAGUAGAGCAGAACGUGGUGAGGACAUUUCACCUGCAGAGAUUUAGAGCAGCUCGAUACCACAGCUUUAUCGCACAGUUUGUCUACAAAUAAUUAACUAUUAGCUAUACCAUUUAUAAACUAAUAACCUUGAAAUUUGUUUAAUAAUUAUUCUCGGAUCCUUUUACUUCUGCUUCUUCUACGUUAUCAGUUUGGCAUUUGUCUACUUCACUGGUUCUGAAUCAAUAAAAAAAAUCCUGAAUUCCCAUCACUAACAGCAUUACAUCAAGGCUGCUUACCUGAGACUGAUAAAGAAUCCAAACCCUGUCCUCACAGAUCAUAGAUAACUUGAGCGAGAUUAUACAGCCUCUGUAGAUUUAAUCCAUGGAUCUCUACAGAUAUAAAAUAUUUGAAUUUAAUCUUUGACUGGAUUGGAUGUGGGAACCCUCAUCUGUUGCAGCAUGAAAUGAGGUAUACCGUCAGAUUUCCAACAAGUUCUGUUAUUAACUUGAACUCCCAUGAGUUUGUUUUCUGUGAAACUCCCAAUGCUUAUCAAAUUUCUCAUUGCUGACUGAAUGACGGUUUCUCCGCCUUGGAAAACGUCACCGUCUCCUCAUCUAGAUACUGUGUGACAGUGUCUGGAAGGCGUUUGUGUCCAUCACUUUCAGCGUUGCGUUUGGCAGCUCUGGCGAAGGCUUCACCAACUCUGAGCUGUCAACUCACUCAGGCAUGAACUGAUCUGCACUGGAGGGGGCGGCGCUGAAUUUUCAUACUACCACGUCUGAAUCAGCUGGUUCAACUCUUUUCAUUUGGUGACGCCACAGCCCGUGUUGUACGUCGGUCUGUUAUGCUCCAUGUUUAGCCUGUUAAUAUUUCAUUUUGGCGAAGAUGCGCUAAAGAAUAAAGAGACUGAUAAAACAAUGGCUGAUUAAAUCUCACUACAAUGUGAACUUAAUGCAGUAAAAUUUAUAGGGUUGCUUUCUUUGUUAAUUGAAUCCUUUUGUUGUUGUUAAAUUAACAUAAAUAAAGGCACAUUAAUCAUAACAUAUGGCAUAAAAUCCACGUGGGAAAUAAAGGUUAAACACUAAAUCUUCCAGGGAAGGACCUAAUCCAUUUCCAAGGUAAAAAGCAAACGCGUGAUAACAGCUUGAUAAAAACACGAGCCGACGAUCUGAUAAAACUCAACAUGAGAUCCUAUUUAAGAAAACGCCUAAGGUACAGUAAAUGCUACAACUCAAGAUAGGAAGGUGAAGUAAUAAUAAUAAAGUGGAGGUAAUAAAUAAGACAUUACAAACCCAAAAGAUUGAUCGGGGAAAAGUGAGUAGGAUAAUAAAAAAGAUGAUCUACUGAAGUGAAAGAGAAUAAGACAAUAAAGUUCUGGAGGAUAAUCCAUAAAAACAAACUACAAUGAUACACUAAAACAUAAAAAAUAACAAUCUAUAACAAUAAAAUAACAGGAGACCCUAUAAAACAGACUUGUGUGUGAAAUAAUUAAACAUACUGUUACAUAAGAUUGAAAUUGGUCGGUGUUGAGAUUUGUUUUUCAGAUGAUUCAUGUUGGCAUGGUUUUGUUUCAAGGACAGUGUGUUAAUAGAUUAUCAUUGGGUAAAAAUAUCCUCUGUCCAGACCUGACUCGCAUUGUUAUUCUGCUGGAAACACUGACGGGUGUAAACUGGAACUUGAACGGUCGGCUGAGCCAUAAAACUGCGGGGCGAUAAUUCAGGUUUUAUCCUGCGAUCAUGAAAGGAGUUAUUCAGCAUUGUGAGCACACUGAAUGGCUUCAUACUCAAAGGGAGAUUAAGCACGGAGGCAUUAAGCUAGCUCAACAGCCCUCUCUUUGCCAGGCUGUUGGCACGCCUCGAAUUGACCUGUAAUUGACACAAAUAUUAAAGUUCAUUUUAUAACAGCUUGUUAUUAGAGCCAGGACCUCUGCUCCGGCAACAAGCUCACUCUGUUCUCCCAAAAAAACAUCUGCUGAAGAAGCAAACUAAUGCUGUGCUGUCACUUGUGUUUUUGGAUUUCAGCAACAUUGAACUCUCAGAGACCCCACAGACAGUUUUAUUAGCUGUUCUUUUGCUGUUUGAGAGAGAGCUGGGAAUUAGACUCAUGGCAGAACAGGUGGCAAAAUCAGUUUUGGCAGAUAAAUAAAUGAGCAUAUUCUGCCGUGUCUCUCCUUGCUCUCAUAUUUUUCUUUUUAAAUCACACCUUUAGCUCAUAAACAAAACACUGCUCCCUUGUUUCUCUUCAGUCAAGGCUGAUAAAGACAGUCCAAUAUACAGGGAUGAUUUCUUCGCCAGGGAGCUGCUCUUUAGAGCUGAAAUUCAACUGAAGCUGAACCUUUGCUGCAAAUAUAAAUAUAAUACAGCAUUAGCGGCUGACUUGUGCUUUUGCUCAGAUAGGGGUAAGCGAUGCACUAGUUUCACUAAUGUCACGGUUUGCAUACAAUACUGUUAGCAUGUGUUUUGGUUUAUGUACACACAUUUUGAUUAUGAUAGAGGAUUACCAGUCAUGGUGGUGAGAAAAUGAGAUCAGACUGAACCCUGGUCUUUUCCCCCUGGUCCGCCCAGCUUCUCCAGAGCAGAGCCAAAGAGCACCAUGUCCUCUUCAAGCUAAACUGGUUUUAAUUGUUAACCAUAAAAAUGAAUUGUGGCGCAGCAGUCAGGUGGUGAGGGAACACUCCUGUGGGUGUCUGCAUCUUUGUAACAAAGGGUCAACCUGCUUGAAGGUGUUUUUACUCAUGACUUCAUUCUUCCAAGAUAAUUAAAAGAAGGCAGACUCGAGGUCAAAGAGCAACUGCAACUCCUGACGCUAAUUGUAGCUCCGGGGAAGCUCAGUCAACUUACAUUUCAUUAAAACGCGUUUCAUCCUUGACCAAUUUUUCACAAUAAAAGCCCCCAGUUAAGUUGUUGAAGGAUCUUUAUUCAGAAACAGCUUCAUGGAGGAGUGACAUGCUUUCAGCAGUAGCAAAAGAAGCAGUAGGGGUGGGAGAAAAAACCGAUUCAACAUACUAUCAUGAUAUUUUGUCUGGUGAUAAAUCGUAUCAUCUCAUUUACCAAGUAUCAGUUUUUAAAAUUAAGUCAAAUCUAUGAUAACGGACAAAAAUAAAAUCAACUGUUUGUCGAGCAUAAAUAAGACAAACAUAAAAGAGAGGCAAAUGCUAAAUUAGCUAAAAAGUGGGAAAAAAAUUUGUAAAUCGCAAUAUAUUGUAUCACAAUACUCACUGAAUAGCAAAAAUGUAUCGUAAUAUCGUAUCAUGGCCCAAGUAUCGUGAUAAUAUCGUAUCUUGGGGCCACUAGUGAUUCCCUCCCCUGAGAAGUAGUGUUGAAACUCAAAAGGACUCAAAUUUUAAAAAAGGUUAGUAAAAAAAUUGUGAACUGGGAUGCAGAAGAGGAAUGAGAAGUCCGAUCACACAGAUUCAGUUCGUCGCCUCAGCAUACUGUGACUCAAUGCAAAGUGACAUGAUAAAAUAUAUCUUUCUUUUGUCUGAGAGACAAACAUGUCAAGAAUCGCAUUGCAAAAUUGUGUGAGGGGUAGACAGAGUCAAACAGGUGAAUAUGCCAAUCCCUUUUUAUCUCUGUUUUACUGUGAUAAAAUAGGUCUACCACAAAAAGAGAAAAAAUAGAUACUGUGUUGUAAAUUCUAGGCCGUGUCGCCCGCCCCUAUGCCUUAAAAACAACCACUCUCAACCUGAUCUGUCGUUUUGUUCUCUACUAACUACAGCUAUUGUUCUAGACUAGAGCUAAAACUAUCAACUGUUCUGGAAGUAAAAAUCUAGAUAUGAGCUUGGUUCAUUGAUUGUGUUCUUGCUCUGAAAGCAUCAAAAACAAUUAGAAAUGUCUGUGAAAGUUUCCUGGAGCUAUGGGUGAUGCCAUCUGAUACUCAGCUAUUCAUUCAAAACCCUGACAAACUGAGUCUGAUAUAAUUAUGAGAGAAGGCUAAAUAGUUGAAGCUUUUGUCAAAAACCUAGAGCAUUCAAUUUUUGACAGUUACGCAUAAAAACAUCUUCAAUUAUUGAUCCAUUUGAACUGGUAAAAGGAUUUUUUUUCUCCGCAACUGAAAAACUUUGAUUCAAAUGUGUAAAAAAUGAUGAUAAACUGAAAUAAAUUGAGGCUGAGAACAGAAAAAGCCAAAAACAAACAGAAUGCAAACUGAGCUCAUUGUUCUGUUUAUUUGAUGUCUCUAUUAAGAUUAGAGGGAAAGAGAGAAGCAGAUAAAAAAUGGUGUGAUUAAAAAACAUUGCAGAAAAGAUAAAGAACACCCUGGAGGUCAUAAAAUAAUCCAACUUUUAAAAACAAAUGUAAUAAAAAGGCAGAAAUGUCAAAGUGACUAAGUACCGUUUAGACUUGAUGAAAUAGUUCAGGCCCAGACCUCCAUCUCUGAACCUCUCUGCUUGUUUUGUUCCCGUCAUGUGAUGCUUUUUUAGCUCUGCGUGAGCUUCCCUGAGAAACAGAGGUUAACCGUUUGCUGACGUUCAAUUUCAGAUCGAUGACGGCAGCGGCAUGAAGCGUGAAGCUACAGUGGACGAGGUCAUUAAGAUUGUGGAAGAGCUGACAAGGAUCCACUAACCUCCACCACCAUCGGGGGCCCCUGCUGAGUUUCCAGGAGGGUCCCAAGAACCAGUGAAACAACAACAGAGGGGGUAGACGGUUUGGGUUCUGCAGAUUUGUAAAUAGUUAUAAAUACACAGUGUGUGCAUGUUCGUCCUUCAGACUUCAGUGAUUUGUCAACGUUAGGCCCUGAAGGUGCCACAUGACGAGCCCAGCACUCCUCGUGUAGAGAUGAGUCUCUGGGGGAAGUGCGUAGCAUCCUGUUUGGACAACAAAAAGACCAAAGUCGAGACAUUGGUCUGUGUGUGUUUGAGUUUGUGUGAGUGCAUGUGUGAUUGCGUCUGUGUGGAAUAACGUGUGACUAUGAAUAGGACAAACACCCAGAGAUUUUCUCCACCAAAAACCCUUUCUGGGAUAUUUGUGACUGAUAAUUACAGGUUUGAAAUGAGCAAAUCCUUCACACCCACAAUUUAAACCCGACUUUUUAAGUCCGUUGUUGAAGUCUGGAAGAAACCAGGCUGUAUGAUAUACAAAAUGAGGAAAAUGAUAGAUUUAUAGCUAUUUUGUCUUUGUGAUGUUUUCUUUGUUUAUUCUAAUAAACUUUGCUUUAGUACUGUUAA